AGGACUAUUGGGGGUGGGGGAGCCAUGACUGUUAAAGUGGUAUGAGUGCUUUAAAUGUCUGGCGUGGAUGUGAGUGACCUUUUCUUUACCAGGGCUAAAGCACCAUCAAAUGCCAUUUGAAGAAGAAAGGAAGGUGAUAGUUUUUCAGGCCAUGGGGACUGAGAACUCCAUUUGCCAUCAUUCUUGUCUAGACUGCCUGUGACUGAUGUCUAGUACCUUUGCACCAGAAGGAAGAUAUUCCAUGGCGGUUAUAGGUCCUACUUGCCUAGAGAUCAGAUAUUUGGCUGCUGAAGGUAAGGCCUUCUCUGUGGUGACACCCCUAGAGAGUAAACUCUUGCCCUAAUAACUGCACUUGCCCGUUAUCAUUAUUAUCUUUCAAAUGCUGCCCUGUUAAUUUGGGCCUUGAAUUUAAUGGCCAUUCAUAUUGAUUCGCUCCUAGCUGCUUUCCACCGAUUUAUUUGCUUUUUUUAGGCUGUGUUGAUUUGUUUUGCUACUGGCAUUUUAGACUGCUUUGGAAGUCUGUAAGCUAUCAGGAGGUUCUCUGAACUGUGGGAUGGCGGGGAAACAAAUAAUCAAAAUCAAAUGUACAACUUUGGUUUAUUAAGCACUGCCUUAAGGGGCUCCGACGUCCGCAAAACCAAAACGUUGCAAAAUAGAGAGCAAGCGUUUGAAUUAUCCAGAGUUCUUCGUCAGGGUAGUGGCUGAUGAUGGGGAAUUUUGGAGAACUCAGAAAAGCUUGCUCGCUAUUUUGUGAUAAACACAGACUCUCCAAGUGUAUUUUCCAGAGGCGGUUCUGGAUUUGCAGAAGCCAUCCUGGUUUCUGAUUUUAUCCUGGAAUGUCCCUCUUUUCAUCAGAGAAGUGUUGGAGGAUAUGGAGUUUUGCAACCCCCCGAGCCAAGGAGAUAAGUAACUAUACAACCUUUUUAAAAUAUUUAAUGUUAUAUUAUGUUUUUGUAUAUGUUGGAAGCUGCCCAGAGUGGCUGGAGCAACCAGGUCAGAUAGGUGGGGUUUAAAUAAUGAUGAUGAUGAUGAUGAUAAUAAUAAUAAUAAUAAUAAUAAUAAUAGAAGUCCCUAUUUUCAUUGGAGAAAUGUUGGUGGGUAUGUAAACAGUGGAUUUUUAAAGGAAUUUCUUUCUUUUAUUAGGAAAAAACAUUUUUAAAAAUAUUUUUAAAGGAUUUUCUUGUGGCCAAUAUGGUUUCCUUUGUUUUGUGUCUUAAAGGAGCAAUGUUUUGGGAAAUAUUUACGCCCCUUUUCAUGGAGGUGCUGUUCCCUUGAACUAUCCCCCCGGUUUUUUUUCUUUCUGAGUCUGACUUGGCUCCUGGCCGCCUUUCCCUCUGCCUCCCAUCCCACCAGCUGGGUUCUUUUUCUAGCAAGGCCAAGCCCGGGAUUUGAAGACGUUUAUGCCACAGCUCUGGAAUUUGGCAAUGGUCCCUGGGGGUCAGGUGACGCCUUCUCAGUGUCCCCAUUGCUGGGUCUUUAAAGCGACCCAGCCAAGUGCAUUCUCCAGGGAGAUCCCAAACUCAGACAGGCACAGCGUAUCAGCCCAGAGAUUUCAGCCAUGCCUGAACCCGCCAAGCCUGGUAAGGGUCCUUAGGUGUGUCAUAAAGGUCACCUAGGCAGAGAUGCUGAAGAACCCUUUUUAAUAAAAUAAAAGGGAGGGAGGGAGAGAGAGAAAAGUGGAUGUUGGGCCUGUUAGGGUGGUCUGUGGUGCAAUUUGGUAAUUUUAGACUCCAGAUUUAAUAGCCGUACAGUGGGAAGGGGGCUUCUAUAGACAGUGUAUUCAUAGCUGUCAACUUUCAGAUUUGAAAAUAAGGGAUCAGCAGCCUUGAAAAUAAGGGAUCAGCAGCCUCACCUGUCCCGGGGACAGUCUACAGUAUAUCUAAUAAUCCCGGAUAGCAGCGGGAAGCAGCAGGAAACGGCGCUGGAAUAAGGGAAUUUCCUGCAAAAAAAGGGAAGGUUGACAGCUAUGGUGUAUUCGAUUAUGUAAUUUGCAGUGUGUAAAGCCAGCCCUGCUGGUGUUGUGGGGACCCUCGUGAUAUUUCUGCUGAGUGGGGCCCAGGACUCCUUGCCCUAUAGUCCUGUCCCAACGGCACCCAUUGAGGGUGGUGAUGAUUGGAUGUUUCCCCCAAUCUCACAGUGGUUUUGGUCCCUGCGUCCUCCAUCACCUUGUUUUUGGGUUCUCCUGUGCAUGUAAGAAUCUGCCUUUUGUGCAUGCUUCCGUGUGAGGCUUCAGUCGCCUCUGAGCUGCCUUGUGUGGUCCUUGCUAACGAAGAAUGGAAAUCGAAGAAUCUGUGGUCGGAAUAAAGCCACUCUUAGAUCGUGCGGGCCUGGUGUGUUCAGAUCUCGGACAAAUGUUAAGCAGAGAACUGCGCUCGUUGCCUCUCUCUUGUGUGUGUUCCUUCCAAACCACUCCAGAAAAUAUUUGGAAACGGCACAUCAGGCCCACCAAAGGUGGGUCUUUUGCAAAAACACACACAUCCCGCAUGGAAGGGGCAACUAGAGACGGGCUGCAAAGAGGUGUGGCAGAGUGCCAAGCAUGGCUCUAAAACGCCCCAAAAUAUGGAUGCUCUGUUGCUGCCUCAAAUAAAAUACAAGGCACCCCCCCAUCAUUGCAUUCUAAGAGGCUGAAACAAGCAAGAGCAAAUUGUUUGCAAUUAGGAAUAUACCUUAAAAUAUGAGAGAAAGGGAGGGAAGAGACCUCGUAUCAGUUUUUGUUCCCCUAGCUAAGAAUCUCGCCUCCCUAUAAAAGACUUAUCAAGAAAAACAGUGAAGAGUAGUGGUUAGAUUGUCAGAUUAGGAGCCAGGUUCAAAUCCUUCCCCUCUGAGCUUCUCUUUUGUGUAUGUGGUUAUGCUGCUUUGUGUUUAUUAUAAUUUACGGAUCCCAAGAAAUUUCAAUUGAACUUUAAAGCAAGGCGAAUUCUUAAGAACAGAGCACGUGGAGAGCUCUGUUUUUUCCACUUUUGUUUUUCAGUGCCGCUUGCAAAGAUUUUGACUGGAACAUUUCAGGCUGAAUAAAUUCUAUUCCGGUAUCUCCUUCCCUCUUUAAUUUCAGUGUUAUUUUGUAUAAUGGAUGUAUAUUGAAAUUAGUGUGGCCAUUGCUAAUAGUAAUAAUAAUGAUGAUGAUGAUAAUAAUAAUAAUAAUAUGGAAAUUAUGAUGGAAAUUAUGAUGGAAAUUAAAUUUCAAUAUUGUCCACACACAUAUAUUGACACGUUUAGAAAUAAUGAGAUGAGGGGCAACCAUCUUUCCCUCCUUUCUGCACCCCCCUCCCCCAUCAACAGAUGGCUACAUCAUUUAUGAUAGCUGAUACUUCUUUGCCUCGAUAUAUACUCCGAUCCUUCGUUCACAGCUAAUAAAUCAUCUCUCGUAUCUGUAUAUAAAGGCGCUUGGAUGUCAGUCACCCACCGGCAUCCUGAUCACUAGAAAAGUCUGACUGCAGGAAAUUUUUAAUCUAGCGGUCAAAAUGUGCAAAGCGAAGUCCCUUCUCAUAAUAGUAACCGGCAGGACUCCUGCGGGCAAGCCAAGCCAAACCUGCGAUCCCAGGAUGGGGCAGCAGGUUCUGAGAGUCUUUCCUUUGCACCGUUUGAACCUUUCUCAAGUUAGGGGAAAGCAUUUGCCGUGGGUUAAAUUGACUAGCCGUGUUGCAUUUAAUGGCAAUGUCGCCCAGUUACAAGAAACCUCGCAAUGCAACCCCAAAACCACCAGGAGAGGGUUUGGUGAUCCCUUGGGUCUGUUAUACUGCUAGAGGAGCCUUGGGAAUGUGUUUUAUAGAAGGCUGGGAAACUGACAGAAAGUACCACCUUGUAUAAGAACCAAAGUAUUAUUAAGCUGUAGCACCUAUACAAAUAAGUUUAAGGAACUGAAGUGAAAGAACUGAAAAGAAGCUGUACGUUCACCACCUUGUUUAGAAGUCUGUAACAUCCACUGAAUUUAAUAUAUAAAUAUAAGUGUUUCUAGGAAGAAUUCUGUCUCCUGACACAUCCUUUGUUUUACCAACCUUGUUCUGUAAAUUUAAAACCUUUUAUCUCUUUAACUCCUCUCUAAGUCUCCAAGGACCAGAGUUUUUCCUUCAGGAAAACCAAAAACAAAGUAGUUAAGAGGGGGUUCACAUCGCAAUUUUCCGCUCAGCUCAGCUAGUCCUGGAGAAGUGUGUACAGAGAUUGCAGUCGUAUUUAUUUAUGUAUUUUACUUCACAAAAUUUAUAUACUGCGCUUGAUUGUAGAAAACCUCAAAGCGGCUUGCAAAAAGUCUUACAGUGCAAUCUUGGCGUGUUCACUGCAAAGUAAAGUCUACUUUCAUGGGACUUACUCCCUGGGGAGGCUGUAGCCUCGGUUGCAUGACUUUUAGUUCAUUCCAGUAGUUAAUUAAUUAAUCAAUCAGUUAGAUAUGCAUAAUUUGAGUGAAAACUAUUGUUCUGAAGCAAAAAAGCAAAUCCUUUUUAAAAUUGCCCAUCUGCCAUAUUUGUAUUAAAAGUGACUUAAAACGACAACUAAACCCUGCCCAAUUAAUUGGAACACCUUUUGGCACUAACUUUUUAGUCAAUAGAAUUUUUUUUAAUCAGUUGAACUAGCUGAUUAUUUGAUUACACUUUGAAGGUGGGAUCCAACUAGUUAUGUUUUUAUAUUUUGCUGGAAGCUGCCCAGAGUGUCUGGGGCAUAAAAAUAAUAAAAAUAAUAUAAUAAUUAUUAUUUAUUAUUUAAAAAGCGGGGAAAGGAUAGACAUUUGUUAUUCUUACAAUACAUCUUUACAAGCAGAGGAGAAAACGUAAUCCAUUUUACUGAUUGUAAUAACCCCAGAACCUAUAUACUAAUAUCAGGCUCAUUCUCCAAAUUUGUGUCCUGAUGCAGCUAAAAUAACCCCAUCCACUUACAAGUGGGAGUUGUCACAGACGAAGGAGAACCUAAAUUGCCCCCCCCCACUCUCCUCUGAGACACUGUGCAAGGGAUCCUGAAAUGCACUUUUCCAAUUUUGCUUGGGGGAAGUGCAAUACCUUGGUUUGACCCUAGAGGGGGCAUCGGAGCACGUAACCUGGCUCACUUACUCAAGCUCUCUGUUCUGCAGACCCUCAUGGUUGUAUACUGUUGCUCCUGCUCUCUGCUCCUGACCCACUGCGGGCUGAUCGCUAGAGCAGAGGGUUGGAUCCGAUGACCUUUCUUGCAACCUCCCACCACACAGGACAUCACACGUGAUUCUCGCCUUGUGCUUAUGCAAUCGGUGGAGCAGAAAUGCCUUCUGCUAGAGGGUGCAAGAUGCCAGUGGGAGUGGUUUGGAGCGAAGGUGGCAUGGAUGAGGGUGGGGGAAUGUUGCCCCAGGACCAACAGCCAUUGCGUCAGUGCCUGGGAGGGGUGGAUAAUGGGAUGGAGUCAGCCUUUCCAUGCCUCUGUGCCAAGAUGCAUCACACAUCAGUAUCACCUAGCAGGUGCAAUCAGCCCAGCAUAAAGGGGUAAGCAGGAAAGCGGUGUAGUUCUACAGUACUCGGGGAGCACGAGACGAGGAAGAAGGCAUCAUCUUUCAGGGGAAAAGGGGAGGGGAGAGAUGGUCAAUUUUUUGCAGAUUACUUUUUGAAGGAGGGUUGCUGUGUGCGUGUGCAUUUGAUAUACAAGGGCAGGAGUUAAAUGUAUUUUAUUUUUUAUUUAUUUUUUGCUGAUGACGUAAUUUUGGCUAGAAAAAAGAGAGAACAAUAUCCAGAAAGCAAAAAGAGUUGGCUGGUUGGCUAAAAUAGAAAUGAAUUCUUGAGAGCUGGCCUGGCUGGUUGAAAGUGUGAGCCUGGAUAAGUUGACAGGCCAGUUAAGAGACCCAAGAGUACCAAAAAUUUAACAGCAAUUGGAGUAAUUUAAAAAAAUAUAUAUAUCUGGAAGAUUACUGCGGCGAUUUAACAAUUUUUGGCUGGGCUAGAAUGACCCUUGUAAAGAUAACUAGUAGAAACAGUGGGAAAGAUGGUAAAUGGAAUAUUAGAUACGAUUGGAAAGGCAUAUAACAUAGAAUUCUAUGGACCCAAGUAAGAGGUGGAAGGAAGUCCGGUGCAAACAAAGUGACAACAAAAUAAGUAGAUAAGAGACAUAAUUUUCAUUUUCCUUUUUGUUUAUGCGAACAUGUUCAAUGGUGGAAUGUUUAUUGUGUUCAGUUGUAAAUUGUGAAUGUUGAUGUGUAUUAAAACGAUGGCUGUAAAGUAAUUGAAAAACCAAUAAAGAUGUAAUUUAAAAAAAGGAAGAAAGUGUGAGCUUUGAGCCUAGAAGUAGGGUAACCAAGUAUUCUACUUGAGUGAGGACAGGCCUCUGUUUCAGAGGUAGUGAAAGUGGUUGAGCCUUCUAGAUGUUGGGAGAGUACAACUCCUCUCUGAUUGAAGGACUGUUAGAGGGCAGUCUUAUAUGUGAAAGUAUCCUCUAUUUGAUACUUCUGGCCACCUAGUUUAAAGAUAAAGAACUGCAGUAAGGGAGAAUGGGAGCCUCAAAGUUGCCCAUCAGCAGUUAGCACCCAGGCAUCAGAUGGGUCAGAGAUAUUUCUAUUUAAAUGACAGCUAUUAUUUCUGAAUGUGCAUCUAUGCACAUAACUUUUUGUUGUUGUUUAGUCGUUUAGUUGUGUCCGACUCUUUGUGUACCAGAGCACACCAGGCACUUCUGUCUUCCACUGCCUCCCGCAGCUUGGUCAAACUCAUGUUGGUAGCUUCAAGAACACUGUCCAACCAUCUCGUCCUCUGUCAUCCCCUUCUCCUUGUGCCCUCAAUCUUUCCCAACAUCAGGGUCUUUUCCAGGAAGUCUUCUCUUCUCAUGAGGUGGCCAAAGUACUGGAGCCUCAGUUUCAGGAUUUGUCCUUCCAGUGAGCACUCAGGGCUGAUUUCCUUCAGAAUGGAUAGGUUUGAUCUUCUUGCGGUCCAUGGGACUCUCAAGAGUCUCCUCCAGCACCAUAGUUCAAAAGCAUCAAUUCUUCAGCGAUCAGCCUUCUUUAUCGUCCAGCUCUCACUUCCAUACAUCACUACUGGGAAAACCAUAGCUUUAACUAUACGGAGCUUUGUUGGCAAGGUGAUGUCUCUGCUUUUUAAUAGCACUUGCAAAUUUAUGCCCUUUUUGGGAAAUUCACCCUAUCAGGAAACCAAGUUCCCAGUUCAAAUAUCACCUCCAUUAAAUACCCAUGAGAGGCAGAGUGGAAAGCCAGUUGAGGAUCCGCACUCACCACUCUUUGGGCAGACAUACAACCUUCCAAAUCCCAAAAGAACCAAACUUAUUUCCAGGAUGAACCAGCUGUUCAGAGCGCUGAUUGGUUGGGCCCUUUUGACAGUGAUGACACUGGAGUUGGGAGCCUGGUCCAUGGAGUAAAAUGGGGUGGGGGAGCUACAGCUGAAAUACUUCUAUGUCCUGUAGGUUAACCCUCCAACCUGCAGUGUGUGGAUCAGGGGUCAGCAAACUUUUUCAGCAGGGGGCCGGUCCACUGUCCCUCAGACCUUGUGGGGGGCCGGACUAUAUUUUGAAAAAGAAAGAAAAAAGAACGAAUUCCUAUGCUCCACAAAUAACCCAGAGAUGCAUUUUAAAUAAAAGGACACCUUCUACUCAUGUAAAAACAUGCUGAUUCCCGGACCGACCGCGGGCCGGAUUUAGAAGGCGAUGGGGCCAGAUCCGGCCCCCGGGUCUUAGUUUGCCUACCCGUGGUGUGGAUAGUACUACCACCUUGCCCUGCAGGGCUGUUGUAAGGGUAACAGCUAUCAUCUACAUUGGGAUGUUUCAAGGAGCUGUUUGACAGUGGAACCGACAACCUUGAAAGGUGGAAGGUCAUUUGUCAAGGAUGCUGUAAGCUGCAUGGAGCAGGGUCCCUUUCAACUCUAUGAUUCUGCAAUGCAGUUCUGUUUAAGUGCAACAGAUGUAAACAAUCAGGGAUCAGAUGCAGGGGACAUGAGUGUAGCCAGGAUUUAUGUUAGUGGGGGGGGGAGCAGGACACCCAGCUGUCGUCAUCCUCUGUCUGGCUCUGUCUAGCUGAAUCAGAAUGAAAUGUCUCGACCACAGUUGUUUUAAAUUACUUUCUUUUGACCCCAAGCUCUCAGCAAAAUCUGUCAAAAUCUUCAGUCACUGGAAAACUAGGAAGUUAAAUAAAAAUGAAACCAUCAAAAUUAACACCAGAGAGUAGCUUUCAUGGUGUUAACGGGUAUGUUUUGCAAAAUUACAAAGAACACGCCUUUUCUCAUCUUAAAAAAAAAAAUCUGAACAAGUUUUAUUGGAUUUACUGAAAACCUCAGCAUUUAAACGUAGCCCAUUGAGACGUUCCCUUAUCAUCGUUGACCUUAGCCAGUUCUUCACUCUCCGUAAGGUACUGGAUGACAUCUGUCCGGUACACGUCGUGUACGGCUGAGCAAGAGAGAUUAGCAGAGCCUUUUUUGUGGCAGGGCAUCUCAAUUUCAAAUAUUCUGAUUAUUUCUACUUUUUGUUAAGUAUUGUUAUUUAUUUACUUGAUUUAGGAGGGGCAGCUGCCCCCCUGGCUAUGUCCAUGCCAGGGGAAGUAGCAACACCCAAAGAGAUGCCACAGUCUGAGGCUGGCUUAGGGGCUGCAAAAAAGGCCCCGAUUCUCCAUGUUGUGGAGUCUUUCCCCCCUGAAACAGUUGUGCUGCGAGAUCCAAGCAUUACAGACCAGCACCCUGUGCGGCAUCCCAGCUCUCAGACUGCCUGGUGCUUCGUUGGAACGAUGCCCUUAAAUACAUACACAGUUGCCCCAAGCAACCAGCCGAGUUGUUUGCGCAGUUGGGCCAGAUCUUUCAUGCGGCAGAGGCAAGCAGGAUGCUUAAAUUGACAACUGCCUCGGAACAGCUUGAUUCCAAGCGGUGGUUUAGAGCCAAAAGGUGAAGCUUUUUCAGGACUGUACCACUUCAGGCUACAAGGGGAGCAGUACAGUGGUACGUCUAGUGAAGAACUUAACUUGUUCUAGUGCUCGCUUCGGCAGCACAUAUACUAAGAACUUAAUUCGUUCUGGAGGUCUGUUCUUAACCUGAAACUGUUCUUAACCUGAAGCACCACUUUAGCUAAUGGGGCCUCCCGGUGCCGCUGCGCCGCCGCUGCGCGAUUUCUGUUCUCAUCCUGAAGCAAAGUUCUUAACCCGAGGUACUAUUUCUGGGUUAGCAGAGUCUGUAACCUGAAGUGUCUUUAACCUGAAGCGUCUUUAACCUGAGGUACCACUGUACUCCACAACCUGUACUCCACAUAUGGGGGGAGUGAAAUAGCUAAUCAGGUUUUAGCCAAUGUUAAUCAUAAUCAGAGCCAAUCCAUUGAAAUCAAUGGGAGUAAGUUAGUCAUGUCCAUUAAUCUUUUUAUUGAGUUUUACACUACACAUUUAAAUUCAAACAUUAAACAUCGUCAUCAGCAGGGUGGCCAGCUUCCAAGAGACUGCGAUCUACUCACAGAGUUAAAAACUGGGAGUGAUCUACUCCCUUUUUUGGGGUGCAGGUCAAAGUUGUUGAGCUUUUUAGGGGAGCCAAAGAUUCUGGAGUUCUUUGGGGGGAGCCAGUGAUCUACCACAGACGUCCACUGAUCUACCAGUGGAUCACGGUCUACCUGUUGGACAUGCCUGAUCAUCACCAUUUAGGAUUCUCUGAAUCCUUAGACUCCCCUCCACCCUUCCAUGGUUACCAUUUUCAAUCUUUUUCAUCUGCCUCAUAUUUCUCUGUUUUUCUUAAAUAGUCCAAUUUUUCCCUUCGUUUUUAGUACAUAAGAAGCGUUACUCAAAUUCUGCCAAAUUUUUUAGUUGUUUACAGUGAUAUGGAGGGGGGGGCAUGUCUUAUUCACCUUCUUCUUCGCUACAAUAUAUCCAUUUAUUUCCAAUUGUCAAUGUCAAAAGGGACUAAAAUCUAUAAAAUUCAUAGAAAAUCAACGUGCCAAUUUGCUUAAUUUCUCUAGGACUCCAUGACACCUCCCCCUGUCCUCCAUAAUCCCUCAAGCAAGGUGUCAAGACCCUAAUCCUGUCAAAUCACUCUGCCAAGCCUUUCCUCCGGGCAAUGCCAGGUGGCAGACUAUGCAUACAUGGACCAUUGUCUUCGCAUCACCGGUACUCAGGAUGUGCUUAUCUGCGCAUAUCUCCAGCUCUGCAUAUUCCCCCUCCCUCCUCCAUAUGUUAAUCCUGUGCAACCCAACCUCUUCCUAAUGUUUUCAUGAUGUAACUGGGAUGUAUUUUGCACUGUAUUCUGGGACAUGGAGGGAAGUUUCAAAAGUUCAUGUCACCCCUUUCUCGCUGUUCAAUCUCGCCUUGAACCUGUUGCGCAAUAAACUUGGAUCUUCUGCAGCUUGCUCCUGUCUCCGGCUGAGCUCAUUUUCCUCCGCAGGGACCCGCGGACUUAGUCCGACGAGCUGGGUGGCAGAGCAGCCUCGCACCCAGAUUUUACCAUAACAACAGUGUUCUCUUAAGUACAUUGUAAUUUUUCGUCAUUCCUUAUUCAAGUUCCUCUCUCCUUGGUUUCUGAUUUUCUGGUCAUUUUCACCUUUUUGGCAUAGUCCAUCAUCUUCAUCAGCCAUUCGGCUCUGGUCGGGACUUUAUCUUCCAUCUCUGGGCCAGCAGUAUCCGCGCUGCUGUCGCCGCAUACAUAAAUAAUCGUUUCUGCUCCUUUGCUAUCUCUGCGCCUAAAACUCCUAGUAAAAAAGCCUCUGGUUCAUGCCCAUUAAUUUCAGUGGGUCGGCCGUGAGUAUGACUGAUGUUGCAACCAACCCCUUAUAUCUAUGCUUAGUUUGCUUGCUUUGUGGAAUUCUCUUCCCAUGGAGGAACGCUGAUACAUCACACCACUUCCUUUACCCUGAAGUGGAACAGUCCUGGAAAAGCUCACCACUUGGCUUUUCCUGAUCCCAUCAUCGCCUCUGAUAAACAUAUUGCCGGGAGAGGCAAUGGACUUUGGCAGCAGAGUGGGUGAGGAAAGAGGAAGAUAUAUACAGUGGUACCUUGGGUUACGGGGCACAGGUGGCGUUGUGGGUUAAACCACAGAGCCUAGGGCUUGCCGAUCAGAAGGUUGGCGGUUUGGAUCCCCACGAUGGGGUGAGCUCCCGUUGCUCGGUCCCUGCUCCUGCCAACCUAGCAGUUCGAAAGCACGUCAAAGUGCAAGUAGAUAAAUAGGUACCGCUCCGGCGGGAAGGUAAACGGCGUUUCCAUGCGCUGCUCUGGUUUGCCAGAAGUGGUUUAGUCAUGCUGGCCACAUGACCCGGAAGCUGUACGCCGGCUCCCUUGGCCAAUAAAGUGAGAUGAGCGCCACAACCCCAGAGUCGGCCACGACUGGACCUAAUGGUCAGGGGUCCCUUUACCUUUACCUUGGGUUACAUUUGCUUCAGGUUACAUAUGCUUCAGGUUACAGAGUCCACUAACCCAGAAAUAGUGCUUCAGGUUAAGAACUUUGCUUCAGGAUGAGAACAGAAAUUGUGCUCCGGCGGAAUGGCAGCAGCAGGAGGCCCCAUUAGCUAAAGUGGUGCUUCAGGUUAAGAACAGUUUCAGGUUAAGAACGGACCUCCGGAACGAAUUAAGUACUUAACCCGAGGUACCACUGUAUUUAGGUCUGAUGGCUGGCAUUGUCUUACUACCGUAUGAACCAGCUGGGAUAGCUCAGUUGGUAGAGCAUGAGAUUCUUAAUCUCAGGCUUGUAGGCCCUAACCCCAUUCUGAGCAGCUGAUCAGGAUACUCCUUAAUUUUGUUGAGAGGAUUCAUUGGGGAAUUUCCCACAAUGCCCUGGAGUAACACUACAUUAGGUGCUUUGCGACAUUGGGGAAAAUUGGGGGGAAUUAAAAUGGUAGCCCCCGGCCAUUUUUUGAGUUCUUUUGCUGCUUUCACUACAAAAUAAGACUGAAAGGUGCCCAUCAAUGUUACAGAGGGCUCAUCAGAGGGCACUUGGCAGAGUGGCCGCUUGCAAUAAAGGCAUUGCCAAAAAAAGAAGACAAAAGGUGCUGGCAAUCUGCAUAACAUUUGUGCAUGUGCGUGCAUAUAUAUAUAUAUAUAUAUGUAUAAUGGUUAAAGAGAUGCAAGAAAAACAUAAUGAUUGUCUUUUAAUCUGUUAUCAACAGUUUAACAUGGGCCUCUCACCAGCAUUGUGUAAUGGCCAGAUGGCAGGUUUUGUGCUGUUGGCAUCUCAGUGUUCCUGCUGUGAGCAUUUAAAUGCAUGUGCAUUAGGCACAAGAUGCAUCCAGUUCCAACCCCGUCGAGAGUUAUAACUUAUAGACACCCUGGAGAGAAAGCUCUGAAGCUGGCGGAACGACAGCUUUAGCAGACUCACUAACAAAAUUCUGACGAGCCCUGAUUCAGUGGAGCCAAUAGGAGGGAUGCAAGCUGGAACGGAGGCGUUAUGGGGUAAAUACCAAAGGGGCGCAUGAUAGGCAAAGCAGGGGUGGACUUUGGGCUUUAGAAUUUCAGUGGUGCCCUCUGUGAUGCCAAAAUUUGGGGCGCCCUCCCCUCUUGCCUUCUGUUCAUCAUUGUUGCAGCUCCCUCUCAGCUUGGCGCCCAGUGCGGGCGAACUGGUCGUGCUCCCCUAAACCCUCCUCUGGGCAAAGUGUGCUUCUGGUGGUGUCAACCAAACCGUGCCUUACAAGUUAAAGAAAUAAUGGUGUAUUUCACAUUAAGGCUCCCAUCUAAUAUAUUUUCUCUGACAAAGUCUUAUUGAUUUUGAUGGAGAUGAAUUUUAAGUACGCUGGUUUAGGACUGCAGGCUGAUUUUAACACCCAGUUUAUUUUGCUCUUUAUUUACUAUAUUUAUAUUUAAGGUGCCCAGUAGGACUUUUGUUUCCUGGGCAUUUAUUAUGACGUUAUAAUUAGUAUGCGCAGAAUACCUUCCUUCCUUCCUUCCUACUUUUCAGGUUUAUACAUUUCACUAACUUUACAUUCACUUUUACAUUUCAAAACUUGACUUCCUUCCCCCUCUUUUUGCAGUUCCUUAAAUUUAUUUUUAAUAUCUUCUGCAUAUCCAAAUUAACUUAAUUUGCUCAUUUAUUCAUCUUCUUUAAAUAUAUACUCUUAUGAAACUGCAGGUUGUUACAAUAAUCCUGCCCAUGUUCUUAUCUGUUUACAAUUUAUCUGCAACAAACCAUUCCAUUCUUUUAUAAAAAGCUUAUCUUGAUUUCUUAUUCUUCCGGUAAGUUUCGCCAUUUCUGCAUAUUCCAUAAGUUUUUGUGGCAGAAUAACUUUCUGUUGAGUAAUCAUGGGAAAGUGAGUGGGGCAGUGGGGUCAGGGGGUCAGAAUGAACUACAGUGGUACCUCAGGUUACAUACGCUUCAGGUUACAGACUCUGCUAACCCAGAAAUAUUACCUCGGGUUAAGAACUUUGCUUCAGGAUGAGAACAGAAAUCGUGCUCUGGCGGCGCAGCAGCAGCAGGAGGCUCCAUUAGCUAAAGUGGUGCUUCAGGUUAAGAACAGUUUCAGGUUAAGUACAGACCUCCGGAACGAAUUAAGUACUUAACCUGAGGUACCACUGUACUUUUUGGGGGUAGUGCUUGCAUUCCCACCCCCCCCCUCAGUAAGCCACAGUUUUCAAUCCAGCAGCCAGUCUCUCUCCAUCUGCAAAGCGAUGCUCUCAGCCAUGGAAAAUAGGGACUCCUGGGGGUGGGGUCUGUGUCCGUUCUAUUGCAAGGUGAUAAGGUUAGCACCUGUGGGGUUGUCGAUAGAUAGAUAUGACUUGCGGAGAGUACAUAAUAAGAUCCUUGGGGGAAGGUACAUGAUGUCAUCUUCUUGCUGAAGCUAAGCAGGGCCGGGUCUGGUUACUAUCUGGAUGGGUGACAGGCGAAAACCUACACAUAUAUUUGCCUUGGUUUCCAUGAUGGAAGAAAGAUGCGCCAUCAAAUGUAAUAGCGCAAAAUAAAUGGAUUGUUUGCUCUUGUGAGCAGUUAGGGAGCAGAAAUAAAGGAAGAAAUGUAAUAUCUAUUGAUGUCUUUUUCUGGUCUGUGCUAACUUUGGGACCUCAGCCUUUGAAGACAGGCUGGGGCAAGCACUUAAGCAAAGGAAGAACUGCUAGCAUAAACAAGACCCAUCAUUUAUCUGGUCUUUGGAUUCUCUGAAUAUUCUGGACGUUCUCCAGGCCACUUGUUAGUUAAAAUAUGGUUGUGCUGCUUUGUAAGAUUGUCCGGGGAUGUUUGUUGUGCCACAUGGAUUUACUUGUCACUUUGGGAAUGCUGAUUGUAGUGUGGUAGGCAACCAGCGUGGGCAAGUGUCAUAGCGGGUGACUGUCACAAUCGUGAAUGUGUUUAUAUUUGUCACAAAAGCUGUUAUGUCAAGGCAUGUGCAGGCUGCAGUCACCAUCCAGCACAGAGUUAGGCCAUGUGCGCACCAUACAUUGAAAGGACACGGCUUGCCCUCAAAGCGCAUGACACCCUCCAGAGAAUCCUGGGAACUGCAGUUUGUUAAGGGUGCUGGGAAUUAUAGCUGUUGGGUGUUAAACCACAAUUCCCAGGAUUUUUGGGGGGAGGGGUUCAUGCACUUUAAAUGUACAGUGUGUAAGCAGCCUUUGGCCUAUGGAAGCCACUUUCAUUUCAGUGGGACUUCAGUGCGCCUGAUUGCUGUGCACUGGAUUGUGAUCUCUGCUGUGCGCAUGGAUAUAUAGUGUAUACAUAGCCCAUAAUUAUAGUUAGCCGUGGAUUUUCUUCACUUUGGAAGGUACAUUUAAAUAUGUGUUUUUGUGUGUGUGUGUGUGUGUGUGUGUGUGUGUGUGUGUGUGUGUGCAGUAAGCAGCUUAAUGGCCACUAGGGUGCAUUCCAGGACAUUUUUAUAUAUUUGCAGAUGGAGGAAUAUUGUGUGUGUGUUGCUGUGCUAUCUAGUUUGCUUGAUACCUAAAGUGGGUGUGUGGAUUGUGCGAGUCUUGAGGCAUGCACCGUAGGUGCCUAGUUUUUCUGGGAUGAAAGUACACGUGGGAUCUGCAACAAAAUGUUGCAGUGCAGCAUGCUGCUGCUGAGAAUACUCCUUUCUGUCCCCCUCCCACCUGGCUUUCCAUCCUUCCCCAAACUAUUAGUCAGCAUUCUGUGGCCACCAAGCACAUACAGUCCUCACCGAGCCGUUUUUGAGUGUACGUCCCCCAUGCCUCAAUUAAGAGCCCCCUCUUCUUUUUUUAACUUCUGCAAAACUUGGGAUUCCCCUGAGCUCAUUAACAAGUACAUCUUGUGUGUGGAUGGUCCCGUUUUGUCUGCCUGAGUAUUGAGUACUACCUAAGCACCGGGUUUUGAGACUGCGAUCAGUCUCUAUGAAGUUGUUAUAUAUUUUGCAGUGUACAAUUUGCGUUUCCCCGUAUGUCAGUUGAUUUAUUCUAAGGUUUAUAUCCUGUCCUUCAAAGAAGUAUUUCCCAGGGUGGCCGACAACAUCUCAAAAUGAAAUAUAAUCAAUAUAGAGUAACUGAAACACUAAAACGGUAUGUAUAACUGGAUCCAUAUGGUGAUAUCCGGCAUGUUAGAUGCCGUUCGUGUUAUGGUGCAUGCUUGUGAGAGUGAGAGAUUAGGGCCUGUUGGUAAUUGAAUGUUAAUUGUGUAGUGCCAUACUUUGUAGAAAUGGAAUUUCAGUUGUCGUUCGUACAUGUAGAGUUCAAGGCUAUGUAUUUUAUGAAUACUGGAACAUAGACAGUUCAAAAUGCGUUAGUGGGUAGGGCAGACAAUCCAAUGGUGAUAACAAUAAUACUAUAUUUGACAAUCUACACCGACAUUUGCUGCCUGAGGCAACGUGCCCUGCCCUACCCAUUGGUAAUUUAAGCAUUUUCGUAGGAUAUGUGUGUAUAAAACAGUGACUAAAGGUAACAUUAAAAAGCUACAUUGCAAAAUCUUAAUAUGACUGAUAGAUGUGGUCAAAUUAUUAUUAUUAUUAUUAUUAUUUAAAAGCAGUAAAAGCAGGAAUCCUUCAGUCCCAAAGUUGCGUCUCUAAUUGCAAGUAUAUAUGGAGUCAGGCUGUGGCUAUUCAGUCAUCAUGGAAUAUCACUCUGCACAUGUUCACUCCUAAAUUUCCUAUCACUCACAUAUUCCAGGGCUGAUCCCUGUAAAUAACAACAACAAAAAGCUCCAGUUUUUGAAGCUACAUGUUUGAUAUGCACAACCCGAUGGGCGCUUUGCGAUCACAUACAGUGUGGUACUUGUUUUAUUGUAGGCGUGGCGUCCAAUUUAGAACCUGUAAUAUUGAAGGUGGGCAGUGGACAAUUUGGGUUAUGCAUUAGACACGCAUUCUAUAAAAACAUUUUUAAACGUCAUCUGCAUCUUUCAGGCUUGCUGUGAGUCUGCAAAUAGUUUUGUGGGGUAGGUGGGUAAUCACAGUGCAUAUCUGAGGGUAUACUGGGUGUGCUCUCUUGGUGUGCAAAGAGAGAAAACCGCUGUACGUUUUAGGUGCAGAUUUCCGUAGAGUUGAUAUCUGUGGCUGAUGUACGCCACCCCGACCAGACACACGCGUUUCAGGGGGGCUGUUUCUCUCACCUACAAGGGUGUUGUAUGUGGAGUCUUGGCUUAGUGACAGCAAACACCCUGAACAGAAGCAAGAAGGGGUAAGCUGAGAGGCCCGCCUGGCCUAAAUUGCUGAUCCCAGGGGAUUCUACUGCAGCCAGGGGGUUGAGUUACCUUAGCGGUUGGGCAAGAGCCGCUCGAAACCAGGCAGCUAAUUAUAAACGUUUCUUGGCCCUGCCUCCUUCCUCGGAGCAGCACGGAGCCCAGUCUUCUCUCCCUGCCCCUAAUAGGACACAGGGUCCCCGGAAAGGCAAUGUGAGACGGAGCCCAGGAAAGGUCAGGCAGGCACUCAGGAAGGUAUGAAGGCCUUACAGGUGGGAAAGUGCUAAAUCAAUGUCUCCCGGAAGAGGCUCAACAAGCCCUGAAGCAGUUGUGCUCGGCUGGGUUUAACCCAGAUCCAAGUGCUGAAAACAAAUCAAAUACAGUGGUACCUCGGGUUACAUACGCUUCAGGUUACAUACGCUUCAGGUUACAGACUCCGCUAACUCAGAAACAGUACCUCGGGUUAAGAACUUUGCUUCAGGAUGAGCACAGAAAUUGUGCUCUGGCGGUGCGGCAGCAGCAGGAGGCCCCAUUAGCUAAAGUGGUGCCUUAGGUUAAGAACAGUUUCAGGUUAAGAACAGACCUCCGGAACGAAUUAAGUACUUAACUCGAGGUAUCACUGUACUGUAACAAAAGAAGGAUCCUUAACUCGGGGAAGAAGAGAGGAAGGGUGCCAAGGGAGACUCUGCAUGGUGACUUCGUGGUGGCAAAUCACACGCUCCAUCCUUCAUAUCCUGCCAGGGAUUAUGGGACUAGGUCACAUCUGGUGGCAAACAAGGAGCAUGCAGUUUGCUGCUGAGAAACCUUUUCCUAGCCUGCUUUCCUUCCCUCUGCCCCCUGCUUUCCUAAAAUAAAACUAUUUGCUCCCUUUGGAGAAGAGAGGGCGUGGAAGUAGAUGAGGUGAGUGCGAAAGCAGUGCUAUUUUUCUUGACAAAGAGGUGUCGGAACUCACCAUGAACUCACCUUGUUCUCUUAUAAUGGCAAUGGCACCCACCUGAGAAGUGUUGGAACUGAGUUCUUCAGCAAUGUCUAGGCAACACGAUGACCAUGUACAUAUGCAAUAGACCAUCUUUAUAGAAUUCCUUCAAACCAUAACAAGUACAAAAUGAAACCUUUAGUCUCAAAGUCUCUGAAAAUCUUUAAAUGAAGCAAGGUACCAGCCUUUCUACGAUGAAAGACAGGCUGUGAACUGAGUUCUGGCAAGUCUCAGCUGAAAAAAAUCCCAGGGUGAGAGCCUGCUUUGAGUUUGCACCAGUCCAAAGGAGAGCUGGGCCGAUCUCAAAUUGGGAUCCUUCCAUGGAAGCCUGGCGGCUUGCAUUUUUAGGUCCCUCCAUUUUGAAUAAUUGGCCCAUACCGAAAAGCAAAGCCAUCUCCUCUUCCAAAUGACCAGGGCAAUGUUUUGCUUGUUUUUCGGGUUGUUGGGCAACGCUUCACAGGACCAGUUGCAGGUUUCUAGAGGCCCAGACUGCGGCAGGCUCUUAGUAGACGUCUCUCCCCCUAGUUCCACAAGCUUUCUAAAUGCGCUAACCACAGGAAAGCUCCCCUCUCUUCUUCCUUUUCCUCCUCGUUUUCUUUCUGGUGUUGAUUUGCAGGCCUGCCAUUUUUGUCGCCAGUCGCCGGGACCUGAGAUUUUCACCGCAUGAGGUGGAAUAGACUGCACCCGUGACAGAAAAACCGCACACGCCCCCCUCCCAGGGAGUAAAAAUGCAAUUGUAAUAAAAUGAAAUAAGUAACAAUUUGCAGCCCUUUCACAACAUCCCCACUGUGGACUCCUAACCAUAUUUUUAGUUCAGUACAGCACACCCCUCCUCCAGUUCUGGGGGCUUUUCAGGACAGGCAAUGGAGAUCGUAAGCACUGUGUAAAAGCAGAGCAGAAUAAUCCCCAUCCCCGUAACGUGUGAAGUUAACUUGUGUGCUGGAGAAUGGGAGAAGCAAAUGUAAACCAGAGCCCUUUGAAAUACAGCAGUGAUUCAAGAGGCAGCAGCUGCAUUCUAGUCAGCAGCGAGUUAGGACAAGUUCAGACCUUCCAAAUGUCCCUAUUUUCCAGGGAUUUACGGAAGGCGUCCCAGUUUCUGAUUUGAUCCCCGAAUGACCCGCUUUUCCUUAGGGAACCCCUAUUUUCAUCAGAUAAAUGUUGGAGGGUACAGAGUUGUGUGACUGCUGAGCCAAGGAGAUAAUUAACCAGGCAGCCUUUAGAAGACAUCUGAAAAGGCAUAGGGAAGGUUUUUUUGAUGUUUAAUGUUUUAUUAUGCUUUUAUAUAUGUUGGAAGCUGCCCAGAAUGGCUGGAGCAACCCAGUCAGAUGGGCGGGGUAUAAAUAGCAAAAUUAUUAAUGUUAUUAAGGAAUAGGAUGCCCCUAUUUUCAUCGAAGAAAUGUCGGAGAGUAUGCAAGUUUGAGGAUCUUGCCAACCUCUAUAAUAGCAGGCACGGCCAAACUUGGAGCGCCAGAUGUUUAUUGGGACUACAACUCCCAUCAUCCCUAGCUAACAGGACCAGUGGAGGGCCAAGUUUAGCCAUGCCUGCUCUAUAGUCAGGAUGGAGAACUUGUGGCCCUCCAGCUGUUGUCGAACUGAAAUUCCCAUCUUUCCCAACCAUCGCUGGCAGGGGCUGAUGGGAGUUGGAGUGGUCUGUGGUUUCCUCAGAGAUCUGCUUUCUCCAAGAAUGAGGCAAGCCUCCUCCGUGAGCUGUAGGGUGUGGACAGCUGCGGAGGAAAAAGUGGGUUUUGUUUCCCGUUGCCCUUCGGUGUGUCGUCCCGCUUGCAGAAGGAAGACCCAAAGCCUCUGGGAUCCACUUUUCCAUCUUCCACGGUCCUGUCUCCCAACGGGAGCUAUGCAAAGCAUCCUGGAGCUAAGCUGAGCCCUGCAAGGUUCUGGCGGAGCCCGGGCGACAGCUGGACCCCUCCGUCGCUCAUCUCCCUGCUCCUUUGGUCCCGGAGGUUGGGUUAUUAUUGAUCGCCGGUCGUGAUGGCUCAGCACUCUGCACCUGGCUAUAUUAGGGGGUCAGGACGGGCUGGGAAAAAGGAGUCGAUGCUGGUGGCUUUAUCGGGAGGCGGGCGAUGUGGGCUCAGCGCAUAGUGGGAAUGGAACAGGGAUGACAUCAUGCAGAAGGACUCGCUUUCCAAAACGAGAGGUGCCAGGGCUCAGGGCUGUCUUGGACCGAGAGGCCUUUCCCACAGUGAAAUAUACUCGGAGUCAAGUGUGGAUUUCAUGCUCUUUAUUCAGCUCAUAGUAGUGAGGAAUGGAAGUUCCCCCACAAUAUCUGCUUUAUAUACAUUAUUUACACAAAGGGCCGCACGUGAUUGGCUAAUUCUGGGAUUCUCCUGUAGGCCAAUCAGGUUGCAGAUUCACUUCCACCUGGAGCUGGAUUGGGUGGCUCCUGCGGACCAAUCAGACUGCUGCAUUCUGAAUCCUAUUGUUCUAGGACCAAUCAGACUGCUGCAUUUUGGAUCCUAUUCAACUCAGUACAUAACACACAGGUUUUGGGGAGAUCUUGGAGUGGCAGAAGGACAAAUUGUGAUUCUGUCGGACAACGAUCACCUGAACAAGGGGCGGGGGGGGGGAGCAAAGGGCUGAGAUGCGGAGCAACUGAUAACCUUAGAACAGGGGUCAGCAAACUUUUUCAGCCGUGGGCCGGUCCACUGUCCCUCAGACCUUGUGGGGGGCCGGACUAUAUUUUGAAAAAAAAUAAUGAACGAAUUCCUAUGCCCCACAAAUAACUCAGAGAUGCAGUUUAAAUAAAAGCACACAUUCUACUCAUGUAAAAACAUGCUGAUUCCCAGACCGUCUGCAGGCUGGAUUUAGAAGGCAAUUGGGCCAGAUCCAGCCCUCGGGCCUUAGUUUGCCUACCCAUGCCUUAGAAAAUAGAAAACACUUGUGUAAAAUAUUACUUAUUUGGGAAUUAUAGGGACAGAACUACCUAAAUUGUAUAGAAAUUUACUUAUGUAUGCUACUACAGCAGCGAGAAUGUUACUUGCCCCAAAAUGGAAAGAAGCAGAAGUCCCAGUAAAGGAUGGACACAAAAACUUAUGGAAUAUGCAGAAAUGGCAAUACUUACCAAAAGAAUAAGAAAUCAAGAUAACAAGCUUUUUUUUAAAUAAAAGAAUGGAAAUGGUUUAUUGGAUAUUUACAGAUAAAUUGCAAACAGAUAAAAACAUUAGCACGAUUAAUGUAAUAACCUGCAGUUUUAUCAAAGUAUAUGUUUACAGUAGAUAAUUAAACGAGCAAGUUAAAUGAAUUUGGAUAUGCAGAAGAUAUUAAAAAACAAAUUUAAGGAACCGCAGAAAGAGGGGGAAGGAAGUCAAAUUUUGAAAUGUUAAAUGGAUUGUAAAGCUGAUGAAAUGAAACUAUUCCAAAGGGAAAAGUCAUGUUUGUUUGUUUUUGUUUAGAUGAUGCAUACAGUUGUCAACGAACACAUUAGAAGAGACACAUACCCUGUUUUCUGUUACGCAGAAGGGAACUCCUUUUUUAAAAAACCUGGUGCUUCCAAUCUGCAGUUUUUAUAAGUGCUACUUUUCUAAAAGAUUAGUACUUGCCUGAAUUAGAAUAUAAUAUAAUUUGAAAACAAGUAUACAUUUUUUUAAAAAAUGGUGAUUCAUCAGAGGCACUUUUACAGUCAGUCACACUAAUUUUAGCUGAUUUUUCAUUCAACAGUCUGGGGAGCAAGUACAGUGGUGCCUCGGGUUACAUACACUUCAGGUUACAUACGCUUCAGGUUACAGACUCCGCUAACCCAGAAAUAGUGCUUCAGGUUAAGAACUUCGCUUCAGGUUGAGAACAGAAAUUGUACUCCGGCGGCGCAGCAGCAGCAGGAGGCCCCAUUAGGUAAAGUGGUGCUUCAGGUAAAGAACAGUUUCAGGUUAAGUACAGACCUCCGGAACGAAUUAAGUACUUAACCCGAGGUACCACUGUACUACAAAAUGCCAAAAAGCCGGCCAGUAACCUGGAAGCAAACAUAGCUCAGUUCCAAUGCUGAUUCACAAAUGUUUCAGAGUUAACUGGUACAAGCAGUUGGAUGUCACCUUUAGCAGUUGUCUCUUGACGUGUUUAAUAACCCUUUUAGAUAGCGGGUUUUUAAUUUUCCCUAACUGGAGCUAUUUCCCAUCAUUAGGACGACUGCAUUCAUUUUCUGCUCCCGUACAAGGUUGUGAAUAUGAGCAAGCUACCUUCUUGCAUGCAAAUGACUGUAACAGGCCACCUUUGCAUUAGCACUGGUUAAAAUGGGAUUAGAUGUUGUCUUUUUUGACGGGAGCCUUUUCGGCUCGGCAAAAACGCUCUAAAUGUUCUUGGUUCUUGUCUGGAUCAAUAUGAAACUACUUGAUGAUUUCUGAUGCGGACGGCUGCUCCAUAUCGAUUUUAGGUGCUUUUAUUCCAUUGUGAUGUUAUUGCUUUUUAUACUGUUGGCAAAGCACGAGGCCUGCUGUUUUAAUGGACCUGGCAACUUUAUGGCUUGCUUGUUGCUUUAAAUGUCUGGGUUUUUGUUAUUUUAUGGCAUAAAUAAGUGAAUCAGCUAUAACGUCCAUAAAUGCAGUCCCUUUAGUUUUUUGCUUAACCUGGGUCUGAAACCUUGGCUCGACAGGAGGUCGAGGGCUUUGUAUUAUACAUAGUGCUGUUUUGCUUCCCUUUCCCCAAGGGGAACUAUGGGUAGGGGCCAUAGUUCCCCGGUAGAGCACAAUCCUGAGAUUGUAGAGUUGGAAGGGACCUUGAGGGUCAUCUAGUCUAACCCCCUGCAACACAUGCUGAAAGUUCCAUUUUCAAUUUAAUGUUGUUUUAUAUUUUGCGUUGCCUUGUACAGUGGUACCUUGGGUUACAAACACCUUGGCUUACAAACACCUCGGGUUACAAACACUUCGGGUUACAGACUCCGCUAACCUGGAAGUAGUACCUCGGGUUAAGAAUUUUACCUCAGGAUGAGAACAGAAAUUGGGUUGCAGCAGUGCGGCGGCAGCAGGAAGCCCCAUUAGCUGAAGUGGUACCUCAGGUCAAGAACAGUUUCAGGUUAAGAACGGACCUCCGGAACCAGAGGUACCACUGUACAGGACAUCUUAACAAUCAAGAUUAAAAACACACAAAAUUGUUUAAAUCAACAGGCCCUUUCAUUCCCUUGCAUCUUUAGCUAGAAGUAGCAGAAAGCAGGUGAUUCACAAGAACUCUGCCUGAAACAUUGGAAGGCUUCUGGUAGUUUGUGUGGACAAUACUGGAGUAGAUGGACAAAAUAACUGACAGCUUACUAUGUUGUCCACCAGAAAGUAUGAUAUGGGCUUAACUGAGACAUCGUACAGACCGCGGUGUACAGUCACUGGCGUUUGAGCAAACCAUGGUUUGAGCUUCCAAAUAUACAGGCAAAACAUUGUUCAUAGUUGCAGUUCUGCUUUCAUUUUUGCAACUCCUCUUUCUAAGUGCAGGGGCUCUGGAGACAUAACAACUCUGGCAGCUCCAGAGUUGAUUGAUUCAGAGAUAAUGCCAAACCAUAGUUUGCACAUAUCAUGGUUCCUAUACCCACCUCAAACCAUGGUUUCCAAUCCUGGUUUGAUGGAUGAUUGGAAACCAUGGCUUGCCAAUUUAGACUUCACACUAAAGCUUCCACGGCCAUGGCUUGCCAUGAUAUCUGGACUGAGGCAAUAGUGUUUGUAUCUGGCCUGCUUUUAAUGCAUGCCAGAACUCAGCCCCAGAACUUCUUUUCUGCUGCAGGUGGGCAUUCUGAGGGGAGGACAAUUCUGAGAAUAGAGAUACAGGCAUGGAAAGAGUUAAGCGUUUCACCCGCAUUCACCUUUCUUCUUUUAUUCUUUCCUGAUGACAGCCUCCAAUGGUUGCUCUUCAUUACAGAUAGAGCUGUAACGUUCUCACUUUUCCUGUGCUUCUUUCCUGUGCUUCCUUCCCCCGUUGGUUCCAUCCCACAGUCAUGAUUUAUCUCCCUUAGCACCCUGCUUCCUGGGUCCACUCCCCUAACCAGCCAGUGGCAACAACCCCAAUUCCUCCAGGCUCAUCCUUACCAUUUUUCUGCUUCUCCUCUGCAGUUCCCCUAUUUGCGCCCCCAAAUCCACACCUCCUUCCUCCUCCUAUGGGUGGUAAUUAGGGCCCUCGCUCUGGAUUAACACCCCCAGCAGACGCAUUUACACAUAAGGGGCAUGGAAAGCUGGAAAGCAGCCUAAAGCCUGGAGGCACUGCAAGGGACGGGAUGGAACAUGCCCAACAGGUGGGGUUGGGUGUGCAAUAUAUGCCAGUAGAUGGUCUACAUUGUGUGGGUUCCACUAAAUUCAAAGAUCAAAACUGAUGUUUCUGAGUCCUAAAGUUUAGGUCCAAAAACUCCGUUGCCUUGCAUUUUUUCACCUCAAAAUGUCUCGUCACAUUUUCCACAAACUCGUGUGUGAAAAUUCUUCCAUAUUUCUUUUCCACCUUGCUCUUCUGUACUAGACACAACAAAACUCCUGCUUCUUAAUAACUUUACUAAGCCUCCUGUGCUCCAGAUUUCUCUACACUCUCUUUUGGACACAUUGGCUUUCCUCCUUUGACCAAAGUGCAAUAAAGUAAAGGUAAAGGGACCCCUGACCAUUAGGUCCAGUCGUGGCCAACUCUGGGGUUGCAGCGCUCAUCUCGCUUUACUGGCUGAGGGAGCGAGCGUACAACUUCCGGGUCAUGUGGCCGGCAUGAACCAGAGCAGUGCACGGAAACGCCGUUUACCUUCCCGCCGGAGCGGUACCUAUUUAUCUACUUGCACUUUGACGUGCUUUUGAACUGCUAGGUGGGCAGGGGCAGGGACCGAACAACAGGAGCUCACCCCGUCGUGGGGAUUCGAACCGCCAACCUUCUGAUCGGCAAGUCCUAGGCUCUGUGGUUUAACCCACAGCGCUAAGCCUCCUGUGCUCCAGAUUUCUCUACACUCUCUUUUGGACACAUUGGCUUUCCUCCUUUGACCAAAGUGCAAUAGAUCCACUUAAAAAGAAGAGGAAAAGAAACAGACUUUUUUGCAGUUAGGAAAGUGAUGGAGAAAUGGAUUGAAAAGUGUGGAAUGGAUUGAUGGUUAGCAGGAAGAUGGAUAAAUACCCUACAAGCAAAUCAGGACGAAUGCAGGAAGAAUUGUAUAUAACUCAUUGUUGUAUAUAACUUUCCUCCAAACAAAUAAGAACAAAUGUUCCAUGAGGACCAGCUACAACCUAACCACCACACAAAUUUUGGAGGAGCCUUCAAGUAGAAGAAAUGGAUCAGAUCCACCUUUUCUGUCUAGUUGUAAGAGUCAAUAGCUACAUCUUCCCCUCUUCCUUCAACUCCCUCCUCAAAAUGUCCCAUUUCUCAGAAGUAUCCAGCUUAACCCUGCUGGACCUUCCAUGCUGAAGUGACCCGUGAGGAGAAAUGAAGGCAGGAACUGAUGUCUCAAUGGUGCAACAAGUUUUGAGCCACAAUUUCAGCUCAGCUUCACGCAGGAGAGUACCUGCAAUUUGGGCUUUGCUUUAGGUGGCAAAAUGUAUUGGACUGGCACUGAACCCUUCAGUCAUAACACAACCCACAAUCCAAAUAAAGACAAGUAUGCGUAUGCAGUUGCUCACACAAUCAUCUCUUGAUCCCCUUUCUUCUCCCCCUCCCCGCCUUUUCUUGUUUCCCACACUUUCAGCGUUUAGACUGUGUUCCUUGGGGGCAAGUACCGUAUUUUUCGCUCCAUAAGACACACCUUUUUCUUCCUAAAAAGUAAGGGGAAAUGUCUGUGCAUCUUAUGGAGUGAAUGCGUGGUCCCUGGAGCCGAAUUGCCCAGGGGCAAAAAGCUGAUCAUGCUUUUUUUUUUUUUUUGAAAGAGGGAAGUGGGUGUUGAAACAAAGCCACUGAUUGCAAGCGAUUGGGAGAGAGAUAAGGGACGCUAGCGAUAAAGGAGGCUGCCUGGGGGGGAGGUAAAAGCCCAUGCAUCCUCAGGAUUUUUACAUUGGGUCACCCCAAAUUCACCCCAAAUUCACCAUCAGAUCACAUAGCAUGUCCAUGGCUACAGCCUGCACAAAAAAAAUCACUCACCCACUGUUUCCUGGGGCUGCAAUGGCACAAAAACGUGGUUACAAAGCAUGGAUCCACAUGGAUCCUCAGGAUUUUUGCACUGGGCUACCCCAAACUCGCCAUCAAAUCACAUGUCUGGGGCCACAGCGUGGACCACAAAAGUCAUACAUCCACUGUUUUGUUCAGAAUAUUUUUUUUCUUGUUUUCCUCCUCUAAAAACUAGGUGCAUCUUACGGUCAGGUGCGCCUUAUGGAGCAAAAAAUAGGGUACUUGUCUUUUGGUGUGGUGUGGGGAGGCGGGGGUACUUCGUAAAGCUCUGCGUGCCUGGGAUGCAUAUCACCACUGCCACAUUUUUGGAAUCAGUGUGCAUAUUUGACUAUAUACCAAACUCAAGCGGCUCCUUAUCCCCGUACUUCUGUUCUGGCUCCUAAUCAGUCUUACUUUCAUUCUUCUGUAGCCGCAAAGAAGAAAGAGGUGAAGAAGAAGGAGGACCCAAAGGCAGCGAAGAAAGAGGAGAAGAAAGAGGAGAAGAAAGAAGAGGCAAAAGAAGAGGCAAAAGGUGGGGCCAGGAAUGUUCAGACACAUGCUGGCUAGCAGAGAGAGUCAUGCUCCAGUCAUAAUUUUGGGGGAGUGGGAGAAUGAAGAGCUGUGGGACCCCUGUUUUCCCCCCACAGAACUACAGUUCUCACCAUACUUUAACAGCUUGGGGAAUUGUAGCUCUGUGAGGGGAACCGGAGUCUCCGAACAACUUGCAGCGCCCUUAACAAACUGCAGUUCCCAGAAUUCUUUGGGGGAAGCCAUGCUUGUUGAAAGCGGUAGGAUACUACUUUAAAUGUAUGGUGCAGAUGGGGCCGUUGCUGAAGUCCUUGUGUUUGAUUCCCUGGAAAUCCUGUUGCAUGGUGCCAUGUAACUGUUGCCUUGAAUGAAAAGGUUUUUGGUACGAGUUGCUUUCAUUAAUUAGAUUUCUAGUUGAACAGGAGGGCAAUAUUAUUCCUAAAUUUCCAGAAUUGAGAGGGGGAGAGUUUGUGCACCCUGUAACCUACACAAAGAUAUUCUGCCCAUCCUCCUGGUCAGCAUUAAACUUUCAUCUUCUGGCGUGUUGCCGUCGAAAGCUCUGACUCCCAGCUAAUAAACUGCAGGCCUCCGCCAGACUGUUUUAAUUAAAUAAAUGGCACAGAGGUAAGAUGAUAUGUUUUACUGGAAAUGCUGGCCCAGUAAAAAAGUGGUGCUUUGCUGAUUUUGCAACCUUCCCUCAUGGCACUGAGAAGGACAUUACUGCCCUUUUAAAAAAAAUUAAAAGCCAAAAUUAGACAAUAUGUAUUUAAAGCAGGCAGUCACACAAGACACAAGACCGAUCUAGACCCCAGAUCCUUAAGCCAUAAAUGCAGCUGCUACACAAAGGUUUGACCAUCACAUACUUAACAAAACAUACUGGUUCGUUUUAUGCAUCAUGUGAGCUGAUAUGAAAACAUAGCUGCACAGAUUUCUGAUUAUUCUUCAUAAGGGAUGUCCCGGAACAGAACAGGAACAAAAGUAAAAUACAUUCGUACCUUGGAUCCCGAACGCCCUGGAACUCAGACGUUUUGGCUCACAAACCCGGAAGAGAUUGUUCUGGUUUGCGAACUUUCUUCUGGAACCUGAAGGUCCGACGGGGCUUCUGUGGCUUCUGAUUGGCUGCAGGAGCUUCCUGCAGCCAAUCAGAAGCCGCAAUUUCAUUUUCAAACGUUUUGGAAGUCGAAGGGACUUCUGGAACGGAUUCCGUUCGACUUCCAAGGUACGACUGUACCAACUUCCAGACCUAGAGAAUAUUCACCAGACUUACAAGCUUCAGGCAAUGGGGAAAUAUACUUGGAGUUGUGAAGAAACACCACCAUGGUUUGGGUCAAGGUUCUAACAUUAUUUAUAUUUUUCCCCUUUUCUGUGUCCCUUAGCAGAGGCUCCGGCAGAACAGGCACCAUCAGGUGAGGCCCAGAGAUUGCAACCUGGAGAAAAAUGUCCUUAACAUCUGCUGGUAUUGCUUGUAUAUUGGUUAUCUGUGUCUCCAUAUGCUCUGUCCCCAGAGACGUACCACUCCUCGUAUAUAGAAAUUCUCACAGCUACCUGUCGAGAUGUCCCACCGUCCAUCAAUAAGUUUUUCCAUGCCUACUCAUAGCUUCUGCAGGGCUUUGAAUAAAUAUCAGCUUCUUCCCUGAGUUGUAUCCCUACCCUUCAGUGCUAUCCCACCCCAAUACCUAUUGCCUAGUGUUGCUGCUACUACUGGACGCGGGUGACGCUGUGGUCUAAACCACUGAGCCAUUGCUACUACUACUACUACUACUUCCUUUUGACACCUCCUCCAGCAGUGAAAUGGUGUUUCUGUGUGCUCUAGUUUCUACCAUGGUGUUCCUUUGCGCCAGAAGCGGUUCAGUCCUGCUUGCCACAUGACCCAGAAAGCUGUCUGUGGACAAACACCAGCUCUCUCAGUCUAAAAGCAAGAUGAGUGCCAAAACCCCAUAGUCACCUUUGACUGGACUUACUCGUCCAGGGGUCCUUUAUCUUUACCAGCAGUGAAAAUAUAGCCGCAUGCUUGAACCAUCUGGGACUCUCCAUUGUGUCAGUGAGGGAUACAGGAGAACAUUUCCUCAUUGGCCUCUUAAUCCCAUGUGAGUUGUACUACUCAUGAGUGGACCCCAUGGACUGUGGCCUACCUGUGCCCUGUUCCCCUGGGAACAUUGGAAGCUGCCUUAUACUGAGUCAGGCCUAGCUUAUUAUUGUCUACACAAUACUCCAGCCCUACCUGGAGAUGCUAGGAAUUGAAUGCGGAAUGUUUGCGUGCAAGUUAGAUGCUGCGCCGCUGAGUUGAGGCCCUUCCUCCUCUUACCCCCAGGGCAGCCAUGCCUGUCAGGAGUUCAGUCUACACUUGAGUAGGACCCUGGCAAAGGCACAUGCCCAACUGGCAUGUUCCCUCCCUCCUGGUCGAUCGUUCGGUAGCUUCAAAAGCUUUCUUCAGCCCGAACAUCACAGCGACCGAUGCCAACUGACACCGGCACACUUAGGGAUCCGCAGAGUUUGUGCAUCAUGCGUAACAGACCUCAGCAACUCAGCAUUUUGGCUAAUCUACUUUAUUUACAUAAAAACACACACGGAGCACUGCAACAUGGCUCCCUCUCUCGCUAGCAUCAGACAGCAAAGAGAAAAAAAACAAAGGACAAUAGUCCCACUUCACAGAACACAGUAACACAAGCAUCCUGUCUCCGUCACUUCCCAUUCUGUGGAGUCAAAACAUACACCGUCAUGUGAAAGACAAAAAUCCCAUGACUGCAAUCAUGGAGCAGGAAUUCUAACAAUGCCCACACCCCCUGCCCUGAAGAACCCCACUAUUCCCAAAUCACUCUGUUUCGGCUUCCAGCUCACCUGCAAGGCAUGACCCAUUCUUCAUCUUCCCUUCCCUCUUUUUCAGAUGAAGGUAAAGGGGAGCCCUCCACUCAGUCCGACGCACUCUUCCUCAAGAAGCCAGAAAGCGUCUUAAUAGAAAGCGGUAAGUGGCAGAGCAGAAUUGCACCGGGGGGCCGGCCCAAGCAUUAGGCACAGUGAGGAGGCUGCCUCGAGGGGGUAUAUGUGGGAUUCCCAGGCAGUCUGUCCUCCAGUUACAGAUUAGACUCUGACUGGCUCACCUUCAGUAACGUGACUGAAGCUAGUGCCAAACCUCAAACCAUGACGCUACUUUGGAGGUGAAUCAGAUAGGCAAGUUAAUAAACAGACACGGGUGGCCCCAUCACUUUCAGUUUGGUCCUAAUUGUGUGGUGUACAAGGGCCCCUCCAGAGUGGUUUUUUUUUGUCGCAGGAGUAUUCUGUAAUGUGUAACGUGGUGCGUUGGUGGCAGAUUUAACCUGCUUUGGUUCGUUCUGUGAUUGGCAUACGGAGGCGUUAUAGCACAACAAAAGCAGGACAAAAACCGAACCAGAACGUUCCUGGGAUUCCAGCAGGAUAGACAUUGGUUGGAAAUGAAGUGGUGUGACCACUCCAUGUCUUUUGAAGGCACAAACAGUAUUGAAAUUGGAAUCCUCUCUCUCUCUCUCUCUCUCUCUCUGUGUGUGUGUGUGUGUGUGUGUGUGUGUGUAACCACUCUGAUAGCAUCAUGAGCACAAAUCAUCAUGAAUGCACAGUAAAAAUGAUGUCCAUGGUCAAAGAAAUGAAGUGGGUUGGGUUUUUUUGAGCCAGUGGUUGACAGCUACACUGGACUAAUGAAUUCGGAGGGAAAUGGCAUUCGUAAAUUGCUUUAGACCACUGGUCCACCCAGCUCACUACUGUCAACACUGGCAAAGGCUCCCCAGAGCUUAAGAGAGAGUGGCUUUUCCUAGAGAUGCCAGAGACCAAACUUGUACCACUGAACCAUGGCCCCAUCCAUCUCAUGACAUCUUUGUGUUUUGCACCAUCUGCUGGCGCUUGAGCAGUUUCUUCUGCAAAAGCCCCAUGGAGGCUUUGACUUUAGAUGAGAGGCGAUUCCUUCUUAAGUGGAGGAAGUCGUGACUUCCAUGCGUCCUGUCUUGUCUUUCAGGGAAAGAUGUUGAUAUCAUAGUGCAGGUGAACGGGGCUCUUCUGCCUUGCAAGCCCACCGUCAAAUGGUUCAAGGGGAAAUGGCUGGAGCUGGGUAUCAAGAGCGGACUGAGGUUCCAGUUCAAGGACAGCUUCGACAAGGAGAAAAACGUGAGUCCCAGAAGAAGGAAAAGUGAAGGAUUUGGCCAGGGGCGAAUCAGCUCUCCUAUGACUCGUUGCCUUCUUAAACUCAUACCAGACUGUUGCAAUUAUUUAUUCAUUUGGACUCGGGUGGCGCUGUGGGUUAAACCACAGAGUAGGACUUGCCGAUCAGAAGGUCGGCAGUUCGAAUCCCCGCGACGGGGUGAGCUCCCGUUGAUCAGUCCCUGCUCCUGCCAACCUAGCAGUUCGAAAGCACGUCAAGUGCAAGUAGAUAAAUAGGUACCGCUCCGGAAGGGAAGGUAAACGGCGUUUCCGUGCGCUGCUCUGGUUUGCCAGAAGUGGCUUAGUCAUGCUGUCCACAUGACCCGGAAGCUGUACGCCGGCUCCCUCGGCCAAUAAAGCGAGAUGAGCGCCGCAACCCCAGAGUCGGCCACGACUGGACCUAAUGGUCAGGGGUACCUUUACCUUUACCUUUAAACCACCUUUUACAUGAUUAUCCUUUCUUGCAAAGGAUCCUGGGAAUUAUAGUUUGCAAAGGCGACUGAGAAUUUUCUGUUAAUUGAGAUUGAGGCAUGCCAGGCUUUGUCUGGAUCAUGCCUAUUGCAUCCUCAAGUGCUACGGCGGAAAUGGUCGCCACUAACGAACCUUAAUCCUCCUGCUUAUUCUUUGCUUACUCCCGAAGGUUUACACCUAUGAGCUAAAAAUUGGCAAAGUGGUAAUCGGAGACCGAGGGGACUAUCGCUUUGAGGUGGCAGCCAAGGACAAGUUUGACAGCUGCACCUUCAACAUCGACGUGGAAGGUACCACCAGGAGCCCUAACUCAGUAAACGCUAAAGGAGUCAUCCUAGAGCAAGUGGGGUUAGGAUUCAGCACAACUGGGCCACACCAUAAUCAGCUAAGCUGCAGGUACACAGGGACCCAGCUAGCUGAACUGAGCCCAGCAGAUCUUAAACUGGCAUACGUCUUGAAAAGAAGGCAUUCUAGGGGUGUGACCUGGGAACCUGGCAUAAGUUAAGCUGGCAAAUACUAUUUUGAAGGUUUGCUUUCCCUCUGCCAGGCUGAGCCUGGUUCAGCCAGCAGUAACCCCAUUCCUGCUUUUUGCCAGCUUAUUGUAUAUAAGAUUGCUCCUUAAAUAGCCUUAUCCUUUGGAGGCAACAUCCUCCCUUGUGGUCUUGUGAGUGUGAACCCAUCACCUGUGAAAUCUGAACCACAAGAACACACUGAGCUGCAUUCUUGCUGCCUGCUUUCCACCUUUGGAACUCCCUUCCCCUGGAUAUUUAUUUCUUUUAUUUGUCUAUGUGGAUUCCUAGUCUAUUCCCCCUGUCCCAAGGGCUCAUGGCAGCUGACAGGAAGUAGAGGUAUCCUUGUCCCUCAUGUGCUUGUAGUCUGAGAAAUCUAUCCAAGGCCCAAGACCAGUCCUGAAAGAUCUACAUUGGCUCCCAGUACAUUUCCAAGCACAAUUCAAAGUGUUGGUGCUGACUUUUAAAGCCCUAAACGGCCUCGGCCCAGUAUACCUGAAGGAGCAUCUCCACCUCCAUUGUUCAACCCGGACACUGAGGUCCAGCUCUGAGGGCCUUCUGGCGGUUCCCUCCCUGUGAGAAUUGAAGUUACAGGGAACCAGGCAGAGGGGCUUUCUCGGUAGUGGUGCCUACCCUGUGGAACGCCCUCCCAUCCGAUGUCAAGGAAAUAAGCAACUAUCUUCUAAGAUAUCUGAAGGCAGCCCUGUUUAGGGAAGUUUUUAAUUUUUGAUGUCUUAUUGUGUUUUUAAUAUUCUGUUGGGAGCCGCCCAGAGUGGCUGGGGAAACCCAGCUAGAUGGGUGGGGUAUAAACAAACAAACAAACAAACAAACAAACAAACAAUUAUCAUCAUCAUCACUAUUUUUCCAAAAUAUGAUUCCUGCCUUUUAAAAAUGUGCAGAGCUCUGCAGUGGCAUGAGUUUAUUGUAAUUCCCUAAUCACCUUUACAUUUUUUACUGUACCUUACCUGAGUACUGUACCUACUCUGAGUAACAAGAGUAGAAUAAGAGUAGAAUGAUGUGUGCAAAACAGUAAAAAUGGCAGAAUGAAUCACGACAGCCCAGAGUUUCCGUGGCACCUGAAAAGAUCCAUGGAGGGACAAGCUUUUGUUCACCGCACCGGCUGAAUAAAGACUCUCUGGAUCCCACACAGCACAAUGAUACUGAGGCGCCCUGGGGAAGGAGGUGUUUGUGGGUAGCUAAGCUCCCUUUCUGCAUGUGGCUUGCUAAGGUAUUAAUCCAGCCUUAACCAAGAUUGGUAUUUUGGCCUACAACUCCCAUCAGCCCCAGCCAUUAGGGUCACGUUGGACUCAUGGGAGUUGCGGUCCAAAAUGGACUGGUGGGAAUUGUAGUCCAAAACUCAUGGAGGGCACCAGCUUGGCGAAGGUCAGAUUAAGCUGAGACACCCUUUCAAGGGAAGAGCCAACUAGGUUCAAGAUACCAGUUUCAGAAGUCUGUUUUCUUCUCUUCCAGCACUAAGGACAGAGGAAAGCGGCGGCGUGCUGCAGGCUUUCAAAAGGACGUAAGUGUCGCUGGUUAGAGCACAGACUCUUAGGCUGUGCCUUGAUAUGCACAGCUCCCUUACACGCUGCAAACAUCUGCUGCUCGGGAGGCUGAGUCAGUUCAAUGGGUUAUAUCUGAUCUGGGGUUAUAUCUCCCCCCUUCAUCUCCUUGCAGAGGGGAAGGCGGCAAAGACGAUACUGCUGGAGAGCUGGACUUCAGCGGGUUGCUGAAGAAGAGGUAGGUGAAGAAUGGAGAAUAAGAACACAAUACGAGCCCUCCUAGAUCAGACCAAAGGCCCAGUAUCCAUGUCCAUUAGAAACCUGCGAGCAGGACCUCAGUGUAAGGAGCAACUCUCCCAAUUAGUGCACCCCAGCAAGUCAUAGCUGGUCGCUGUUGAUAGCCUCAUCUGCAUGAAUCGGCCUAAUCUUUUGAAGCCAUCCCAGUUGGUGGCCGUCAGAGGAUGGAGUGCCUUAAGAGGUGGGGAAACAGCAGUCCUACCCACCAGCUUAGUGCAUAACACAGGAGACACAAGGGAAACGGUUGGGCAAGGGUUGAAAAUCAUUUACAAGGCAUGCUUGGGCAAAUGAAACAUUGCUCCUCAGCGGCUUCCAUUUCAGAGCACAAGCAAUUAUUGCAUUUCUUGUUAGCCAAUUUUAGAAAAACUGUUGUCGGUUCGAAUCCCUGCAAUGGAGGGAGCUCCUGUUCCUUUGUCCCAGCUCCUGCCAACCUAGCAGUUCGAGAACACGCCAGUGCAAGUAGAUAAAUAGGUACCGCUGCAGCGGGAAGGUAAACGGCAUUUCCGUGCGCUCUGGUUUCCGUCAUGGUGUCCCGUUGCGCCAGAAGCGGUUUAGACAUGCUCGCCUCAUGACCCGGAAAGCUGUCUGCGGACAAACGCCGGCUUCCUUGGAAUGAAAGCGAGAUGAGCGCUGCAACCCCAAAGUUGCCUUUGACUGGACUUAAAGGGGUCCUUUACCUUUUUUUUUUAACCUGCUUGGAGACCCUUGUAGGUGUAGGAUGAAGUCUAGAAACCGAAUUUGGUCAUGGGGGAAUCCACUAGGCCGAUGCUGUGGUCAAAAAAUGAUCAAGCGUGGGCAGAAAGCAAAGCAGCUCAUAAUGACAGGCAGGAGUCCAGAUGCAAAGGGACAGGAGAUUAGCUUUUUGUAAUAGGUGGCUGGCAUUGGAGGAGGGCCGGUUGGAAGCCAAUCAGAGGCUGAGGACAACAACUUUGAACGUUAGCGAGAGUCUCCCACUUCCUCUGCCCUCCCCCCAAUUCCAUGCUUUGUCCAGCCUCCACCCCACCCCCCAAAGUUCCAUGUGGAAGAGAACUCCAUACCUACCAGGGGAAUAAUUUCAGGCCUAAAUUGUGCUUCUUCCAACAUUUCAUCUUGUUCCUUGCAAUUUCUUAGAAGUUCUUGUCAACAUGCACUUUGUGGUAGCUUGAGAGGCUGGGUUGGACUCAGAAUUAAUUCCCUGUGAGAGAUGCACGGGUAUGAGGUUGAGGAGCACACGACUGUGAAUGCAGUUUAGUCCCUUAUCCACGUCACCCAUUGUGAGCGGGGCGCAGGGGUUGAACGACGGUCCUACGGGAAGCUACACCUCAAAAGGUCCUCCCUCCUUCUCUGUGCAGAGAGGGCCAGCAGCAGAUGGAAGAAGAGAAGAAGAAGAAGAAGAAGGACGACGACGAUGAUUUGGGGAUCCCGCCAGAGAUCUGGGAGCUGCUUAAAGGCGUGACCAAGAAGAGCGAGUAUGAGCGCAUCGCCUUUGAGUAUGGCAUUACUGACCUUCGUGGCAUGCUGAAGAGGCUCAAGAAAGCCAAGGUGGAAGUCAAGAAGAGCGAAGGUCAGUCAGAAUGCCUGGACUCUCUGCCUUUUGGCCUGGGAGCCAGGUCUCCUGAGGUCACUGGUUGGGAGCAGGGUAUCUUAGGAAUGGGUGUGUGGGUCUGGACCCCGUAUCAGACCUUCUGGGAAAUUUAGGGAGGAGGCCACGUCUACAUUGACUAUCUGCGGUGCUGUAUGUGUGUGUGGUGGGGGGAGAUGACUCUAGGAUGGAGGGGGUCCUUCAGCACAGUGCCAUCCAGUACCCCCUUCAGUGCUGUUUUUCUAGAAAAAGAGGGGCCAAAACACCUCUCUGAGAAUAAAAAUGGCGCCCACCUGACAGGUACCCCUUCCUCCCUCCCUUCCUUCCUUCUUUCCUUCCUUUUUAUAUGUGCAUUAUGUUUAUACUGGGCCUUUUCUCCAAAGAGCUCAAGGCAACAGUCACAAUUCUUCCCCUCACCCCUCCAUUUUGUCCCCUCAACAACCCUGUGAGGUAGUUUAGGCUGAGAGACGGCGACUGGCCCACAGAGUCGUCCAGUGAGCUUCCUGGCUGAGAGGGGAUUUGAACCCAACUCCCUUUUCAGGUACCAUUCCCUUCCUGCGGUUUCCAUCCAUUUCCCUUUUUCUCGCCGUGUUUCUACCCCGCCUUUCUCCUAAGGAGAUCAAGGUGGCGUUCUGUGCUGAAGUGAUAGAAGCAAUAUGCCAGCUGGCUGCUGUGAUCCGUGCACCUUAGUGACAGGAGCACAGAAAUUCCCCCUGAGGUGGAAGUGGAGAUCUUUAGCUCUCAGGACAGGAAGAGGCUGUAUUUGGAGCAGAAACCUCAUGACUGCAGCAAGGAAGUAGGAAGCAGGCUGGGGCCCCAAAGGCGUUUUUAGUAGUCCUCUCCCCGUCUCUUUUGCAGCCUUUAUAAAAAAACUGGACCCAGCCUACCAAGUUGACAAAGGGCACAAGAUCAAGAUGUAUGUGGAGCUGAGCGACCCAGACCUUGUUAUCAAAUGGAUGAAGAACGGCCAAGUGAUCAAGCCCAGUGGAAAGUGAGUCUGAAUGUGGAUGGAUAGCCAAGGGUGCCUCUUGGCAUCCUCUAAAAGCAGAGUUGGGUUCUGUUGGGUGGGAAAAAUGGGAAAACAGCUGCUGAGACGGACGGACGGAUAGACAGACGGACUCUGGAUUAGUCUUUCUCAGUUGUGACGUGGUGUCUCUUCUCCGUGGGCAGAUAUAUCUUUGAGAACGUGGGCAAGAAACGCAUCCUGACCAUCACUAAGACCACGUUGGCUGAUGACGCAGCCUAUGAAUGCGUUUGCGGAGAAGAGAGGUGCUUCACGGAGGUCUUUGUUAAAGGUGAGGGUGAUGGAAGAAGAGAGAGAGAGAGUGUGUGUGUUUGUAAAGGGAGGGACAGUAUCUCGGUUGGGGGACAUGUUGCGCUCCUUCUGGGUAGUUCAUCAACCGAUGGUCCCCUCUUUGCCCCUGCUUUCGGCUCUCAUCUGUGGCUCUGAGAAGCUGCCAGCGACAGCAGCCACAUCCCGGGAAUGGCUUUGACUGGCCGGCUAAACCAGGUGAGGGUGAGCGGAUGGAUUAUUCCAAACCCUCCAUGAGUUAGGGAGUCCCUCUUCAUGCAAAGACAGACUCCCACGGAUUGAGCGGGUGAGACCGGAUUCAACAGUCAAGAAGGUGGUUUCUGCAGGAGCUUUGGAGGCGAAUGAGGGGCAGAUUGGGGUCGUCCAACUGGGAAGGUAGUGCAUCUAGGAGAAGGAAAACACUGAUCCUGAACCUCCGUUCAUGAGGAAGGCUUCGGGAAUAAACUCUGAGGAACAAUCCACACCCACUGCCUUAUGGGACAUCUUUAGGAGAAGAGAAGUCUAAGAAGUAAACGCUACAUGAGUCCCUAAGACGGCACCUCGUAUGCCUCCUUCCUGCAAUUCCUGCAGCCAAGCUGGUGCCAAGUGUAUUGCUCUGUUUUCCUUUGGACCACAUCAGCGAGGCCGAGAGAGGGGGUCUUGUCUUCUGGGCAGCCCAGGACCUCCAUACACCCUGCCCAGGCUUGUGCCCCUUGGGUGUUGCUAUCUCAGCAGUUUGACUUUGCUCCCAGAGGCACAUUCUAUUUUCUCUUGAUCCAGACAGAUACCGACAACCCCUGCACAUCUUGUGCUGAGAGAUGGACAGAGAACAUGCAAACAUGUGGGUUCCUGUACACUUCUCAGCAGCUUUUGAUACCAUCAACCAUACCGGUGUCUGCAGCCACAGCUGGUGCUGUGAUUCUCCAGGUGCAUUCCACUGUCUCUCGAGAAGGAUGGAUGCCAGCAAAAAUAAUACCAACCACACACACACACAACUUAGAGGGUUUUUUUUACAAUGAAAGUGAUAUACAAAUUCCCCCAGAGAGGUCACUUCGUGCUGCAAAUGCAGCAAACGACAAACUUAGCAGAGUUAGGAAGAUGCCAAGGUGGCUGGGGGCAGGCAGAGGGGAUGGGCUGGAGAGGUUUGUUUGGUGCUGGAGCUGUGCCCAUGCCAUUCUGUCUGUCUGUCCCUAGAACCACCUGUCCUGAUUGUGGGUGCCCUGGAUGACCAGCAAGUGUUUGUUGGGGACAAGGUGGAGAUGGAAGUGGAAGUGUCUGAGGAAGGCGCCCAAGUGAUGUGGUAAGUUCCCUGUCCAUACUUCCCCUGCCCAGACCGUUGUCAUCCGAACAACCCCCUCCCGCUCCAGCCCUGGCUUCCGUAGAGCUGCCUCUUGAAUCUUCUCAUACGUGUGAUGCUUGCAGAGGGUCCUGAGUUCAGUCCCAGACAUCUCCUGUUAAAAUGGUCAGGCAAGGUGAAAGGCCCUGGCAAGUUGCUGUCUGUCACAAUAGAUGACUAGAUUGUGGUGGUCCUAUUGGCAAAACCUAUUUGGUGUUUCGCAACUUUCUGACUAGUUGCAGGACCUUAGCCAGACCUAGCAGAGUACAUGCAGAAUCCACGGAAGCAAUUGGCAACUUGGCUGCAGACAGGAUAGACGAAGCAGGAACCAGGAACUUGUAGUUAGGUGUUUAUUGUAUAUAGUGGACUAUUUACAGGAACAGAACAUGGAUCUUUUGCUAGCUCUCUCUGACACGACUCACAACUCCUACACUGACACACUGAACUACUGACCUCAAACACAUUCCAGUUAGUAGGCCAUUAAUUAUCACUCCUUUGAGAGAGCUUGACCAAUCAGGGAGCGGUCUCCAUGCCUCUGUUAUCUCCAGGCAGACUUACUCCUUCAGAUUGCCUUCUGGCUGUCUGCCAAACCUUAAUUGACUCUGUGUGAGUAGCUGCACGUACACAGUUUCCCAACAGGUCCGAUGUUUUGGGCAGCCCUGGGCAACAUUUGAAACCUUCGCACUGCCUUCCCAAAGCCAGGAAAGCAAUGAGCUGGGCUUUGGGGAGGAGGUGUGAGGGCUCUGACAGCGUUCUAGAGUCCUCCUGCCUUCUUCCCAAAGCCUAGUUAGUGUUUUCCCUGAUUUGAGAAGGAGGUGGGAGGGCUCUAGGACCCUGCCAGAGCCUCACGCCUCCUUCCCAAAGCCCACUUAUCCAGCUCUGAGAAGGCAGCAGGAGGGCUGGGAGGUGGUGUCAAAUUUUGGUCCCACUCCCUGUGCGAUAAGUCAGUGUGCGGACUGGACCGUGGGUCCUGUGUUGAAGUACUCUUGUGGCCCACUUAGUGUGAAAAGUUGGACCUCCCUGGACUAGAUGCUUGUACCAAUAUCAGGAAGCAUCAUAUGUUAGCCCCAAAAUGGAAAAGGAGCGAGGUCCCAACCAAAGAAUGCCGACUUAAGUUGACAGAAUAUGCGCACCUUGCAGACUUAACAUAUAGAAUAAGAGAACAAGAAGAACAUACUUUUAGAGAAGAUUGGAAAACGUUUUUUAUUUUAUUUUUUAUUAUUAUUAGAAAACAUUUAUUAGCUAAAGUGGUACCUCAGGUUAAGAACGGUUUCAGCUUAAGAACGGACCUCCGGAACAAAUUAAGUUCGUAACCAGAGGUACCACUGUAUAUGGGAAAUAACUCUGUACAGCUGUAAACGCCGGCAGCAUUAAGAUAAAUUCAACAGUGUAAAUACAUUUUGAUGGAUGCAAUAAUAAUGGAAUACUGAAUGGUAUAGUUUCUGUAAAAUAUGCAGGGAUUUAUCAUAUGUAAAAUGAACCAUGGAAAGAGAAGGGAAGUCACUGAUAUAUUAAGGAUAUAAAAAAUGAGUACUUUAAAUUGUGAAGCCAAAAAUUUAAUAAAAAUUAUAUACACACACAAAAAAGGAAGCAUCAUAUGCUUCAAUGGAUUUAUCAUUUGCACACAAAAUAUAUUGAAGGUGCCUCUCUGCAAGAGGCAGUGCCUUUGGAGGAGCUUUUUUGUUGCAGGACAAACUUCCUCCUUUCCAGGCUUUUCUAUACACACACAAGCACGACACUGAAUUUGGUGCAGAUUUUUGCCCCACCCUCCAUGUUUAAGGCAGACUUAUUCCCCCCACCCUUUUUCUUCCCUUCCCAUUUAGCGUGUCUAGACAGCUAAAUGUUUAUUAGGGACAAAAGAGCAAUUCAGUUCAGUUCACAUUUUAAUGUGAGGCCUGCCUCGGUUCCUGAAACAAUAUGUGAAUCAAAAGCAGCCUAUCCUUCGAAAUUCACCCUUCUCUGACUUUUUGUGGUGCGGUUUUCCAACAAGAAAAGAGAAAGUAUAUGUUAGGCCAGGGGUCAGCAAACUUUUUAAGCAGGGGGCCAUUCCACUGUCCCUCAAACCUUGUCGGGGGGCCGGACUAUAUUUUUUUGGGGGGGGAUGAAUGAAUUCCUAUGCCUCACAAAUAACCCAGAGAUGUAUUUUAAAUAAAAACACAUUCUACUCAUGUAAAAACACGCUGAUUCCUGGACCGUCCGUGGGCCGGAUUAAGAAGGCAAUUGGGCCGCAUCUGGCCCCCGGGCCUUAGUUUGCCUAUCCAUGUGUUAGGGGAAAGGCGCAUAUCGAUGAUAAUGACAUUAAACAUAUAUAUGGAGCAAGGCACACUAAAAUGCUGGUGAUUUUCCUUUAAAAAAUAAAUAAAUUGCAAACUGAUGGUGAACUGAACUUAUGAUGGCUGGAAUAAUGAGAAAUGGAAAGAAACCAAACCUGACAGAAUCCCAUUACAAACAAACAAACAGCUAGCUGUCUUCCCAGCUUUGCCCCCUCUCCAUCUUAGUCUCCUCUCCUUUCUUUCUGCCUCCAGGUCGAAGGAUGGUGUAGAGCUGACCCGUGAAGAGACGUUUAAGUACCGCUUCAAGAAGGAUGGCAAAAAGCACAUUCUCAUCAUCAACGAAGCCACCAAGGAGGAUGCUGGGCGCUACAUGAUCAUGACCAACGGCGGCCAGUCAGAGGCAGACCUUAUAGUUGAAGGUUUGUGAGGACUGGUUGGACCAGCGGGUAGAUAGCCUCCGAAAGAGAUUUGGAUGGCUUCCACCCCCACGUGGGAUCAGUCCUCUUCAUCUCUCUCUCUUUUGCCACCCAGAAAAACAGCUGGAGGUUCUUCAGGGCAUUGCUGACCUUACUGUCAAAGCCGCGGAGCAGGCUGUCUUCAAGUGUGAAGUGUCGGAUGAGAAGGUUACCGGCAAAUGGUACAAAAACGGAGUUGAGGUCCGACCCAGCAAACGCAUCACGAUCUCUCACAAGGGCAGGUGAGCCUAAAGGGAAGCCAGCAUUCUCUGAGGGCCAAGCGUGUUAUGUGGGGUAGUUGCAGACUCUGCGGCUCCAUUGGCGGCCGCCAUUUUGCUUUUGUAAGCAGAGGUGACUCUUCUGUGGUAUUGUGGGUAGAGUAUCACAUUUGGACUGUAAAAUCCAGCUUCGAAUCCUGUCACAGAUCUCAUGAGAAGGCCUUGCGCCAGCUAUCACUUCUCUGUCUAAUGCAAUGUUUCCCAAACUCUGGUCUCCCGCUGUUGUUGGACUACAAUUCCCAUCAUCCCUGACCACUGGGUCCUGCUAGCUAGGGAUGAUGAGAGUUGUAGUCCAAAAACAGCGGGAGACCAGAGUUUGGGAAUCACUGGUCUAAUGUAUUGCACUGGAAUAUUAUUUAUUUCAUACAAUUUAUUUACCGCUUUAAUGUUACCAAACAAACCUCGAAGUGGUUUACGAGAAGAAUAAAAACUGUAACAUUAUCAAUAAAAACAUAUACUGUACUUAAAAGAUUUGAAAAAGAGUUAAAAUCAACAAUGAGCUAAAAAACAGAUUAAAGCGGAGGGUCGCGCAGAGCUGCCUGCACUCCGAAGCCUGGGGCGCGCUGAAGAGCGCUUCUGGGCUUUGCGCAGCUCUCCGCAAGCCUGGGGAGACCGGCGCGGCUCCCUAGGCUUGCAGAUAGCAGGCUGUUCUGGGGGCUGGGGUCGGGGGAAGCUCGGGCUUCCCCCGCGCCAGCCCCGUGCCUGGGGGGGAAAUAUUUUUUUUCCCUUUAUUUCCCCCCUCCAAAAAACUAGGUGCAUCCCAUGGGGCGGUGCGCCCUAUGGGGCGAAAAAUACGGUACAUUACAAUCAUUUAUUUAUUCUCCUUUCCUUGCCGUUUAUUCAAAUCCUGCUUGCGUUUUCAUUCGGCCACAGUUUUUUCUCAAAUGGCCCAAAAAAACCCUCCACUCUUCGACAAAGUUCUCAUCUUUUUGAUCUCUUGAUGGGGUGUUUCUGUUGCUGUCCGCUUUGCCAUCUCCUUCUAGUCCAUUAACUUUAAAAAUCCAUUCUCCUUUCGUCGGGAUUUCUUCCUCUUUCCGCUAUGAACAGGGCAUUUCUCAGUGACUGCGAUCAGAAGCCUCUUCCAUCCUUCCACCUUCUUUGCCCCUAAUCGUGCUCUCACCCCUCAGGUUCCACAAGCUGGUCAUCGAUGACGUGAGGCCAGAGGACGAGGGAGACUACACCUUCGUCCCUGAUGGAUAUGCUCUUUCUCUGUCCGCCAAGCUCAACUUCCUGGGUCAGUGUACAAAAGGCCUUGAGGUUCUGCCCUGAAGUGAACACACCAGUUUCCACGCUUGUUGCAGAACCCAUGUUUCUUGCUCAAAGACAUGCUCAGGGACUUGAACCCCUAUGGAUCUUCCCUCGCUGUGAGGAGGCAUCUGUCAGGGACUGGGCAGAAGAGAAGGAAUGGUGGAGACCGCCUCCCCAUCCUGACCCUUCCAGGGAGGAGGAAGAGGAAGACAGUGUAGAUUUACAACAGGGGUUUGCGGGAGGUCGCAGCUCAGAGGCAGAUGAGGGGAAAAGCUGGGAAAUCAGGGGAGAGCCGGAACAACACCCGGCUGACAUAUUGUCAUUAGAAAGCAUUCCGGACUCCCCAUCUCCCAGAACCAGGCGAGCUUUAAAAGUAGGAGAGCAAAGAGCUCAAAGACAGAGGGCAUGUUGCAGCACCCAUAGAAGGUGAUGGAUUAGUAAGUGAGAGAGACGGGGGGCGGAGAUUGACUUGGGACAACGCCAUUAUCCAGGAGGCUGGGCAGAGGCGGAGCCAGUGUGGUGUAGUGGUUAAGAGCGGUGGACUUGUAAUCUGGUGAACCGGGUUCGCGUCUCCGCUCCUCCACAUGCAGCUGCUGGGUGACCUUGGGCCAGUCACACUUCUCUGAAGUCUCUCAGCCCUACUCACCUCACAGAGUGUUUGUUGUGGGGGACGAAGGGAAAGGAGAAUGUUAGCCGCUUUGAGUAGUGAUAAAGCGGGAUAUCAAAUCCAAACUCUUCUUCUUCUUCUUCUCUGGCACCUGGAGCGGCGGACAUGCUAUGCACCUGGGGGUGGGGCCAUGAGGUGGGGCAAGCAUCCCAGGGGGUGAAGCACCCUUAGGGGGCAGAGCGAGCUGCCCAUGGGGGGUGGAGCGAGCCGUCCAUGGUGGGCUGCUUCCUGGGCAAAGGGGGAGGAAGCCGCUUCUUUGCCAGCAGCCUUCCUCCCUUUCCUCUUACUUUUGACAGCUCGGGGGAGGCUUCCCCCUCCCCAGGAAGCAGCCUGGAAGCAGGGGUCAAUGGCGCGCCACCCGCCUACGACUCCCAAGCCUCCCCUGAGCUGGUUAGAAUGAUGGGGGGAGGGCCGCCAGGCAAGGCGGCACAGCUCCCCCCCUUCACCCGACCGCUCGGGCUAGGCUUGGGAGUUGUGGGUGGGUGGCGUGCCGAAUGUCAACCCCUCAGUGAUGACACCCGGGGCAGUCCACCCCCCACUGCCCCCCCUUCUUCUGCCCCUGAGGCUGGGUUCUAUAGCCUCUGUAAAGAUUGAAAUCAAAAAGGAGGGUAAGAAACUUUUCCUUGUCUUUAUACUUUCCUGGGAGGUUUCCUGGGAAAAGUUUCUUACCCUCCUUUUUGAUUUCAAUCUUUACAGACAGGAGCUGCUGACAGCAUUCUGACAGUGUUUGUUUGAUGUCCCCAUUUCUCACAGGGACACUGCUGGUGUGGAAUCCCACUGCACUUUAAUUCUAAAAUAAUGUGGGAGGGAGGAAGCAGGUAUUGCAACAUCCCACACUUUCCAGAGGUACUCACGGCUGUUUCCCAUUUUCCCCAUUUGUUCUCUUCCCACUCUAGAAAUCAAGAUUGAAUAUGUUCCCAAGCAAGGUGAGUCCUGGAUAGGCCCUGCCAUCCUUUGAGGGUGGGUGGGAAUGAAAGCCGGAGGAUUUUUUUCAAUGUCCAUUAAGAAAGAGAGAGUAGAGAUCAGAGCCCCCCCGAACUUGAAGCAUGGGAAGUCCCAAUAAAAAUUUAUAAUUUGGCAGAAUAUUCGGACUAUAUGAUAUGUAUUUGUAUAAUUUGGAAUAUUUAAUGUGAUUUGAUUGGAUUGUUAAAAUGGAAAAUUUAAUAAAAAUUACUUUAAAAAAAGAAGAAAGAGAGAGUAGAGAUGUGAAAGCCCGGGGGGGGGAGGGGGGGACACAGGAAAAAAAUUCAAUUAUGUUUUCCUGAUUUUCCCAAUUUUUCAGAAACAAAUGAGGGAGGGAAUGGGGAAAAUCGAAGAAGUAAAACCCAUAGAAAGCAAUUGUUCCAAUUGUUUGCGGCCUUCUGGGGCAGCAGGCAGUGAAUAGCUGUGCUGUGGGGAAAAUGUGGGUCUUGAUUUAAGGUAUUAAAUGUGGUGGUGUGGAGAAGAGGUUGUCUCUCAUUUCCCCCCUCAAGUCAUUUCUGGUUUCUCCAGAGCCCCCCAAGAUCCACUUGGAUUGUUCCGGAAAGACUAAUGAAAACACCCUUGUGGUGGUUGCUGGGAACAAGCUGCGCUUGGACGUGUCCAUCACUGGGGAACCAGCACCUGUGGCCACCUGGAUGAGGGGUACUGAGGUAGGUAUGGCCACUGUGGGCGGCUUCCAACAGAAUAUUAAAAACACGAUAAAACAUCAAACAUUAAAAACUUCCCUAAACAGGGCUGCCUUCAGAUAUCUUCUAAAAGUCAGAGAGUUGCUUAUUUCCUUGACAUCUGGUGGGAGGGCGUUCCACAGGGCGGGCGCCACUACCGAGAAGGCCCUCUGCCUGGUUCCCUGUAACCUCACUUCUUGCAGGGAGGGAACCGCCAGAAGGCCCUUGGAGCUGGACCUCAGUGUCCGGGCUGAACGAUGGGGGUGGAGAUGCUCCGUCAGGUACACAGGACUGAAGCCGUUUAGGGCUUUAAAGGUCAGCACCAACACUUUGAAUUGUUCUCGGAAAUGUACUGGGAGCUAAUGUAGGUCUUUCAGGACAGGUGUGUUGUGGUCUCGGCGGCCACUCUCAGUCACCAGUCUAGCUGCCACAUUCUAGAUUAGUUAUAGUUUCCAGGUCCCCUUCAAAGCUAGCCCCACGUAGAGCGCAUUGCAGUAGUCUAAGCGGAAGAUAACUAGAGCAUGCACUGCUCUGGCGAGACAGUCUGCGGGCAGGUAGGGUCUCAGCCUGCGUACCAGAUGGAGCUCUGAAAUCUCUCAAGCUGGCCGCAAAAGAACUUGUCUAGUCCUACUUGCACACUUUACUACUUACUUUUUAAGCAGGUAUUCUAUAGCAUGUCUUUGAGGCAACCUUUCAACACUUUGACUUCACUCUCAAAGGGGCACUCCUUCAUUGUCUCCCAAGGCAGACAGAUGCCAGCAACAACAUUGAUGCAAUCCUAGUGAAUUAGUGGCGGAUUGAAACUGGACUGUCCUGUGUCCGCAUGGUGUUCCACAUCAUUAGUUGUUCUGCGAUGUUUCCCCACUGCCCCCUUCCAAACUUUUGUGGGGGUCCUGCCUCCUUGGUUUCAUAUACUCAUCCCCAGUGCCCCUAUUCUAUAAAAAGCAUUCUUUGGAAUACAGUGGUACCUUGGGUUACAGACACUUCAGGUUACAGACGCUUCAGGUUACAGACUCGGCUAAACCAGAAAUAGUACCUCGGGUUAAGAACUUUACCUCAGGAUGAGAACAGAAAUCGCACGGCGGCAACGCAGUGGCAGCGGGAGGCCCCAUUGGCUAAAGUGGUGCUUCAGGUUAAGAACAGUUUCAGGUUAAGAACGGACCUCCAGAACGAAUUAAAUUCUUAACCUGAGGUACCACUGUUUUGGUUUGCACAACCCAAGAUAAUAAUACAAUGAGAUUCAAAAUGGUAACGAUUAAUACCACAUUUAUUUAGAAUCCAGAUAAAAUGAUAUAGCUCAAUUCGUUCAGCAAAAAUGAUGGAAUUCAUCCAGUGAUAUCAGCUUUUUGAAGUCUUUUAUGCCUCUGGUUCCCCUUGCUCCUUGGCACCCCAUAGGUGACCCCUCUGUCCUAUAGGGUAUUGCUCACUUUGGGAACCUCUGGUUUAAACAACACCAAAGCAGAAGUCAGCUGUGGCUGUCAGGCAAGAACACUUAGAAGAACAUUUUAACCCCUACCAAAAAAAUUCUAGUAAUUGCAUACCAUUGGGUCCAGGGUAGCCUUUUUAAGGAGCAGCCACACCACUGCGUCUUAGCGCCUUGCUAGUUGCACUAACAGCACAAUCCUAACCACCGUGAAUCACUAAAUUCUGUGGAAUUGCACACCCCAUUCAAUGUAACUUACUUCUGGGUAGACGUAGUUAGGAUUGCAGCCUUGGUACUCAGUGAAAUCGAUGGGCCUUGGCUUGUUUUCACAUUUAAACCAGGACUGAUUUCCCCCUCACAUUGAUCUCAGCUAACUUAGUCUGGAUCCACCCACACGUGCUCUUUUUCGGAAGAGCACGUUUUAGAAGUCAGUUUGCUCCAUCGUGAGAGCUCAAGAUUUGUUUCUGCUUUUGACGAUAUAUACAUAUACAGUGGUACCUUGGUUUACAACCAUUUUGGAUUACAACCACGUCAAACCCGGAAGUGCGUGUCCCGUUUUUUGGAUUACAACCCAUUUUUUGGGGGGAGGCCCCAUUGGCGAAAGUGCGCCUUGGGUUACAACCUGUUUCGGUUUACAACCGGACCUCCGGAACGGAUUGUGGUUGUAAACCAAGGUACCACUGUAUCGACUCUGCACAGCGCAGCUUAUUCAGACCCUCCAGUUGUCCCUAUUUUCCAGGGACAGUCCCGGAUUUACAGAAGCCGUCCCUGUUUCUGAUUUGAUCCCAGACGUGGGUGUAGCUAGGAUUUUUGUUAUGGGAUGGUGGGCAGGACUUCUGUUGGGGGGCGGGCAGAACUGACGUGAUUGGUCAGUUAGUUCUAUUGUUUUAUUUGAUGGGGGGCAGCUGCUCCCCUGCCCCCACCUUGGCUACGCCCAUGAUCCCAGAGUGUCCUGCUUUUCCUUAGGACAUCCCUAUUUUCGCUGGAUAAAUGUUGUAGGGUAUGGACCCACUGAGCCAAGGAGUUAAGUAACUAUACAAUCUACAAUCUUUAGAAGAAAUCUGAAAUCAGCCCUGUUUUUUUAAAUGUUUAAUCAUAGAAUUGUGAAUUAGAAGGGAUCCCAAGAGUCCUCUAGCCCAACCCCCUGCGAUACAGGAAUCUCAACUAAAGCAUCCAUGACAGAUGGCCAUUCAGCCUAUGCUUAAAAACCUCCAAGGAAGGAGAGUGCACAACCUCCAAUGUUUUAUUCUGUUUUUCUAUAAGUUGGAAGCUGCUCAGAGUGGCUGGGGCAACCCAGUCAGAUGGGCGGGGGUAUUAUUCUUAUUCUUAUUGAUAUUAGCGCCGCCCAAGGCAUGAUGGAAGUAUCGGCUGGAAAAAGAUAGACAUAACAUUUUACAAGGACAGGAAGGAACACCGCAGACAGAAUAAUUGUCACACACAGGAGGAAUAAGGCUAUUGCUUCACCUAUAAGUUUAUAAAUCGUUGAAUGCGUCAAGACGAAUGGAUGUCGUUAAUAUGGCAGUUGUUAUAUAAGGGAUUGUUAUUUUGAAUGGAAUGGAAUGGAAUUGAAGAGGAAUAAGAUCUUGGAAUGCAGAAACAAAGUAAAUUAUCAAACCAUCAAUUCUGGCACGUGGGAGGCCACCUAAAUUAUACAAUUUGGCAUAUGAAUGUUUGGGAUUAGUACAGUGGUACCUCGGGUUAAGUACUUAAUUCAUUCCGGAGGUCCGUUCUUAACCUGAAACUGUUCUUAACCUGAAGCACCACUUUAGCUAAUGGGGCCUCCUGCCGCCGCCGCCGCACGGUUUCUAUUCUCAUCCUGAAGGUUCUUAACCUGAAGCACUAUUUCUGGGUUAGCGGAGUCUGUAACCUGAAGCGUUUGUAACCUGAAGCGUAUGUAACCACAGGUACCACUGUAAUUGCAUUGUGAUUUGGUGUUGUUAUAAUGUGGCUACCAUUGGAUUAUUGUAAUUGAAAAUUAAUAAAAAUGAUUGUCAAAAAUAUUAUUAUUAGUAGUAGUAGUAGUAGUAUUUAGGAUGUCCCUGUUUUCAUUGGAGGUUAUGCGUACUUCUCUGCUUGACUCAUCUUUGCCUGCUCUCCCAUACUCCUCAGGUCUUUGCGGAGAAGGAAGGCCGGGUCCGUAUAGAGGAGAGGAACGAGCUGAGCAGUUUCGUGAUAGAGAGUGCCGAGCGCUCAGAUGAAGGGAGCUACACCAUCAAGGUGACCAAUCCGGUGGGGGAGGAUAUAGCGACCCUCAAUAUCAAGGUGGUGGGUGAGUAACCUGGCCGACUGCAAUUGCGGGGCAAGUCUUUUAGUCCUGGCUGGCCUGCCGUCUCACUGCUCCCAUUGCUCCAUGUCUUUGGCAGACGUCCCCGAUCCUCCGGAAUCCGUGCGCAUCACUUCGGUGGGAGAGGACUGGGCCAUUUUGGUGUGGGAUGUGCCCAAAUACGACGGCGGCAUGCCUGUGACUGGUAAGAGACCUGUGGUAUAGGGUGGUGUACAAAUUGUGCAUAUUGCUAAUGAUACUGUGGCUAUAAUAAUAAUAAUAAUAAAAAUAUGCCCUUCACAUGCCUUGUUGGGGAGUAGCAAACCCUCACUCUCCAUUGGUCAGGUCACAUUAUUAUUAUUAUUAUUAUUAUUAUUAUUAUUAUUAGUGUUUCUGUGUGUUCAGGAUAUGUGCAUAUCCCUCUUAUUCAGAUGAGUGCCCAUACCUAUUAUUAUUAUUAUACCUUUAAAAUGGGUGUGUGCAUCAUCACAGAUUACAAGAACAUGUCCCUUCUUUUUAAAAUCAUUUUUUUUAAUGGUUAUGUGUCCUCCUCCAUCAAUCACUCUUGCACGUGCCUAUUCAAAAGCAUUUGCAUUUUUCGUUUGGGUUCUUUCCCCAUUGGGAGAGAAAUUGGCCCAGUCGAUUUCACAACUCCAUCACCUUGUAUAGUUCUUCUCAGCAGCAUAAAGUUCUUCUGAAUCUUACCUGCGAAUGAACCUGAGAUGGCAUAGCUGGAUCACUGGGGAUCCCUUAUCUGUGGGGGCAGUUGUUGUUGGCAGGGAAACGAUGGAAGAGUGCAUCUUCGGUGGUGAAGUCAAACUGUUGGAAGGUUACAGCGUCUCCUGUAGAGAUUGAUAUGGGAGAGACAUGUUUUGUUGCAGCUGGGGCAGAUAAAGGCGUCCUGUUGUGCUUCUGCAGAUGCACCAUGGUGUUUCUUCUCUCUGUGCUCCUCCCAGCGGUCACUCCUCCUCUGGUCACUGCUGUGGAUUCCCAACCUGGCUGCCUAUGUAUCUCCAGACGCUGUGGUCACCCUCAAGAAUGUUGGGGUUGAUGCUGCCAGCCUUCAUGUUUGCAGACACCUUUGUAACUCAAGAGUUGGCCUGGUUCCUGGUUCCUGAAGCCAGCUCCCUGUAGAGCACAUCCUUGGGGAUCCUGCCACCUUCCAUUCUGUAGACAGUCUCUGGAGAGCUGGUAUCUCCUUCUGUUGACCUCAUUUUCCCCCUUUCUGCCUCAGGGUACCUGAUGGAGCGCAAGAAGAAAGGAAGCAUGCGUUGGAUGAAGCUGAAUUUCGACGUUUUCACCGAGACAACCUAUGAGUCCACCAAGAUGAUUGAGGGGGUGCUGUAUGAGAUGCGAGUCUUUGCCGUCAACGCAAUCGGAGUCUCUCAGCCCAGCCUGAAUACCAAACCUUUCAUGCCUAUCGGUGAGUAAAUUUUGUGUGUUUAUGGGGGAGGGCGCUAUUGAUAAAGGGAUGGAAAGAGACAAGAGUAUGAAAUGUGGAGGCCAUGGAGUAAUGAUAAAGAGUGCGGGAUAAAAGCCAAAUAAUCCCUUCUUCCUACCCUAGGUGAAUGAAAUCAUACUGGGCCCUGCUUAGCUUUGCAAUGGUGCUAGCAAUUUUAUUACUGUGCCGCUGGGUGUCUCGCCCCUUCUUCUCUCGCCUGCAGAGUGACUGACAAAGAAAAGGAAGUUAGUUGGCGGUAGGGACGGAGGAGAAAUUUGAUUUGGGUCUCGUUUUGAAUCCAAAUCUAUCAAAUUCACACUUUGCGAAACAAUGUAUGAACUGAAAAACGCAGUUACCCUCUGAAAUUUGCGCUUAUCUUCAUUUUGCUGUGCAGCUCAGCAGCCAAAAAGUGUUUACAAAAGUGUAUAUAUUAGGGGGCAGUGGGCAUAAAAAUGAACGCACUGGUGAAAAUAACAUACACAAAUGCAUUACUUUUUUUGGGGGGGGAAUUGCUUGUAAAAAUGUGUACAUUAGUCCAAACUGCAUAUGAAAAUGUGUAUGUUAGGAGAAAAAUUUGCAUUGAAAUGCUGGUGGAUUUUUAUGAGGGUUUAAAAAUAAAACAAGUCACAAAUUGCUGCAAAAUGUGUGGAACCAAAUUUAUGAUUGGGAAAAAUGAGAAAUUGAGAGAACUGUAAUUGGCAGAUUGUUUCACCCCAGCUGGCGGUAACCAGGGCCAGGGCCUUUUUAGUUGUGGCACCCUGCCUGUUCAGUGCCUUGCCAAGUGAGGUGCGCUAGGCCCUCUCCCAACAUUGCUUGAAGCAGCUAGUGAAAACAUGGCUGUUCAAAAAUACUUUUACCUGGCUGUUCUCUUUUCUGCUGGUAAUUAUUUGAUGCCUUAAUUUCACUGGCUGUUCUUGAUGUCAUUGUAGGGGCCUGGUUUUGAUGUCAAUAUUGGUGAUUUUUCAAGGGAUCGCUCUAUAUUUUAUUAUUAAAAUUUACAUAUGUAUUAGGAUAAUAAUAUCAGAUUUAUAAACAAAUGUAUGGGAUUAGGGUAUUUUUUGGGAUCUAUUCACAUAUUUUUUUCUCUACACAUUUUUGCGACUUUUUGUUUCCUCCCCAUCUUUUGUAUCACUUUAUUUCUUUAUAACUGAAAACUUUUCAAUAAAAUAUUAAUAAUAAACCCCCCGAUACAUUUUAUUAUCAUUUUGUCCUUUGCAUUGUAUGAUGUCAUGAGUAACUUUGAAAACUAGGAGAGUAUAAUCUUCUUCUUCUUCUUCUUCUUCUUCUUCGGCAAUCACUCGUAGCCAAGUAAGAUUGCCUUCCAUAAACACGGUUUUAACAGUGAGUCUGGAUCCACAGUGGGGACAUAGGUUUCUGGGUGGGAGUUGAUCAUGGUCAGGGUUUGCCAAGCGUGCCUUCCUCUUAGCACGUUUCUCCCUUUCAUCCUGAGUUCGAGAGUCUUCAAAGCCCAUGACACCUUUGGUAAAGGCUGUUCUCCAAUUGGAGCGCUCACAGCCAGUGUUUCCCAGUUGUCGGUGUUUAUGCUACAUUUUUAGAAGGAAAAGGAGAAGGCAUUGACAAAAAGUACAAAAUGGCAGGCUCUUGGCAUUCGAGACCAACUGGAAGUUGUGGAUUUGUCAGUGUAGAUGAGAGACCAAUGUUAUGUUUGUGCAUAUGUGUAAUUGCUCUUCUGCUUCCUCCCUCCUCCUUCAGCCCCCACUAGCGAGCCACUCCACCUCACCCUGGAGGAUGUCACAGACACCACGGCCACUUUGAAGUGGCGUGCUCCAGACCGGAUUGGUGCAGGGGGUAUUGAUGGCUACCUCAUUGAGUGGUGCAAGGAAGGAAGUGAGUAUCGGGGGGUCAAGGGUCUGGAAACCGAGCCUAUUGAGGAAUGGUUGAGGGAGUUGGGUUAUGUUUGGCCUGGAUAAGAGAAGACUGAGAGGAGAUAUCUAAAGGGUGGUCACAUGGAAGAUGGACCGGGCUCUUUUCUGCUACUCUGGAUGGUAGGACCCGAAUCAAUGGCUUCAAGUUACAAGAAAGGAGGUUCCAGCUAAAUGUUAGGAAGAGCUGUUUGGCAGUGGAAAGGACUCAGAGCCUGGGGGUUGGUGGUGGGAUGAUGAUGAGUGGUCAGAGGGAGAAGACUGGGUGGAGGAGGUGUCAGAAGCUGAAGGGGCAACAGGGCUCAAUGAGUUGGCAGAGUCUGUAGCAGAGAGAUUUCCAGAAUCAGAGGCAGGAGAGGAGAGAGGCCAAGAGGCAGAGAUGACUCUGGCUGGUGAAGAGGCAUGGGUGUUUUCCCCUCCUGCUGUUACAAUAUCCCCUCCCCACUUGUCUCCCAGAACCAGGAGAGGCAUGAAAAGGGUGGAGGAUAAGUUAGCUUUACAUAGGCGUAGUCUCAAAUUGCUUGGGGGAAACCCUGGAAAGAAGGGGACUUAGGGAGCUGUGGGGAGGCAAGGAUCUCAGCAACUGCUUCAUGGAGGCAAGACUUACCAGAGAUGAGUUGCUGGGCUUAUUAGGGCUGGCACUCCUGUGUACAUGCUGGGGGUUUUUUUUGGCUAAUAAAGAGUUAACUCCAACUUUCACAGUGUGAUUUAUUGCUGGCUCGCUCCUGUCAUCCAACACCUUUUACCUUCUAACUUUGUGUUCUCUGCUCCCAGCCGACGAAUGGGUAGCUGCCAACACAGAGCUGGUCGAACGCUGUGGCUACACCGCUAAGGGACUUCCUACAGGGGAGAAGCUUUUGUUCCGGGUCAUUGCAGUCAACAUCGCUGGCAAGAGUUUACCAGCCACCCUUGCGCAGCCGGUCACUAUCCGAGAGAUUGUCCGUGAGUCAAGUUGUAUUUCUUGAGCUGUGAACCCUGAGCUCCCUCAGUGUCCCUACCCGGUCCCCUGGGCCUUGCUGCCUUAUAAAGGGAGCCUGCAGAGGCAGAACAUACAAGAGCUUCUAGUUUCACUCCUCCAAAGGUUCUUGGAGAGCCAGACUGAGAAGAUGUCCGUGGGCUAGAUGUGCUUGUUGCUCCAAGUCACUAGGAAUUAGGAGGAGGGGAGAAACUUGAUUCCGUUGGCAUUUAGAGGUGGAUCUGUCAAAGUUGCAGUUUCCGAAGCCAAAUAAGAACUGACGUGCAGCCGUCCUUCGGAAUUCGUACUUAGCCAUUUUGCAAUGCGAUUCUCCUACCAUAGUUUACAAAAUGCACAUAUUAGAUGAAAGUGUGCAUGAAAGUUAUUAUAGCCAUGAAAAUAGUAUACAAGAAUUAGGAGAAAUGGCUUGCAAAAAAAGGGGGGGGGUACAUGUAAAUGUGUUUAGUAGGAGAAAUUCAAACUGAAAUGCUGUAGAAUUUUCGUAAGCAUUUAAAAACCGCAAAGUGCUGCAGAAAUAGGGAGAACUGGAUUUAAGGCUGGAAUGUUAAAGGACGUUGCCAAAUUAUAAACUUAAAACCCUGAAGGAGUUGAGUCUAGACUUACAGCACUAUCCUAACCAUGCUUGAUGAGAAGUAAGUCCUAUUGAAUUCAAUAGGGCCUACUCCCAGGUAAAGGGGGGUUAUACUCAAUAUAUACCCACUGGAAUCAGUAAGACUGAACUUAGUUGUCUUAAAGUCAUCCCAUUUAUUUCAGUAGGUCUGCUCUUAAGUACAACACAUUAAUCUAGAUCCAACCCAAUAUGUGCCUAAACUGACUUUGGGAAGUCUGGAUCCCAACCACCUGCCAUCUUAUGCAAAUUUCAUGCUGACCCACUUGCUUUCUCUCUCGCCUUAUAGAGCAGCCCAAGAUCCGCCUUCCUCGCCAUCUCCGGACGACGUACAUCAGGAGAGUUGGAGAACAGGUCAACUUGGUGAUCCCAUUCCAGGUGAGCAGCUGGCUUUGGGGAUUCCACCCACCCUGGAAUUCACGUUUACCCAGAAGAACAUUGAGGGAGGUUUGAAGUUUCACUUGAAGCCCUUCCUCAUCCGGGUUCUGCAUCAUGCUUCAUGUUCCUAUCACAGUUUUAAGCAAGCAAGCAAACAAGCAAGCAAACACUUACCUACACAGUCUUUCUGUCAGCCCUUCCUCUCAGUGCUGUGUCUGGGUUUGUCAAAACUCUCCUCUGAGCGUUGAUGGCUAACCUCUGAAAGCUCUCCAGAUACAGUGGUACCUCAGGUUAAGUACUUAAUUCAUUCCAGAGGUCCGUACUUAACCUGAAACUGUUCUUAACCUGAAGCACCACUUUAGCUGCCGCACCCCCAGAGCACAAUUUCUGUUCUCAUCCUGAAGCAAAGUUCUUAACCUGAAGCACUAUUUCUGGGUUAGCGGAGUCUUUAACCUGAAGCGUAUGUAACCUGAAGUGUAUGUAACCCGAGGUACCACUGUAUUUCCCAACCAUGAUCUCCCAUUGAGGAAGCGUCAGCCCCAUUAGCCUGCAAACCUUCCUACUGAAAGAAGGUUGCCCCAAGCAACUGAAAAACUUUGUUUUUGGAAAACAGCCAGAACCCACACAUCCCAGCAUCCUAGGAAUAUUCCAUCCAACUGCAGUGUUUGCAGACUCAUUCCCCCUGCAGUCUCCAAUUCGGGACCAAGCCCAAAUGCAGAAUGUAUGCCUACAAGAUCCUGCCAGUUUAUUUUCCUCAUAUUUUGCGGGGUCUUUCCUCAUUGAAGAGUGCAGGAGAAGUCCGAAAGCAACUCAUUUUUUAGGUGACGUUUUGGUUGGCACUCCUAAUACAGCCAUACCUUGGAUCCCGAACGCCUUGGUACUCGGACGUUUUGCCUCCCGAACACCGCAAACCCAGGAGAGGGUGUUCUGGUUUGCAAAUGUUCUUCAGAACCUGAACGUCCAACGGGGCUUCUGUGGCUUCCGAAUGCCUGCAGGAGCUUCCUGCAGCCAAUCAGAAACCGCACUUUGGUUUUUGAACCUUUUGGAAGUCAAACGGACUUGCAGAACGGAUUCCAUUCGACUUCCAAGGUACAACUGUAAAAGGUUUGCCAGCUGUGGGUUUUGAACUUCCUCCCCUUAUGGACAAACACAACUUCCUUUUAUUUAUUGAUUUUUAGACACAUAAAACCAGGCAUAGGCAAACUCGGCCCUCCAGAUGUUUUGGGACUACAACUCCCAUCAUCCCUGACCACUGGUCCUGUUAGCUAGGGGUGAUGGGAGUUGUACUCCCAAAACAUCUGGAGGGCCGAGUUUGGCUAUGCCUGCAUAAAACUAUUCAUGCGCCAACCGAGAACUCAGCUGGGAAAAGCUUCCAGCUCUGGAGCAAAAUGUGGGGAGAAGUGGGGCAGGGCGGGUGGAAGGGAUGCCGCUAGAAUGAAGGCCUCUGUGGCAAUGCCAAGCAUUUGAUCAUCUCCAGGGUAAACCCCGCCCUGUAGUCACCUGGUCAAAGGAUGGGAAGCCUCUGGACCCCAAAGAGAUCAACAUCCGCACCUCCGACUUGGACACCAUCCUUUUCAUACGCAAAGCUCAACGGCACCACUCUGGCUUCUACGAACUCUCGGUUAAGAUUGAAAACAUGGAGGACAAGGCUAUCAUCAAGAUCCGGGUUGUUGGUAAGGAGGACCGGCCUUCCUUUGAGAUUUCAUUGUUGCAACAGCAAAUUUACAUUUUUUUAAAAAGCUAACCAUGUUUUGGGGGUGCAGCCGGGGUAGGUGAAUAUGGGGGAGACUAUGUAGAGGGGGAUGUGUGUGUGUGUUGUCUCGAGUUCUCUUAGAAUCAUGUGGUUUUAGAGCCGAAAGGACAUUGGCGGUCAUCUAGUUGCGUCAAUCAAUCGGUGGUACCCAAAUUGUUGGUCCACAGACCCUAGAGGGCCUGUGUAACCCACCCAAGGGGUCCGUGGCACCAUACACAUAACAAAAACUACCAUAAAAUAAUAAUAAUAAUAAUAAUAAUAAUAAUAAUAAUAAUAAUAAUUACUAUUCUUUAUUUAUACACUGCCCAUCUGGCUGGGCUUCCCCAGCCACUCUGGGCUGCUCCCAACAGAAUAUUAAUAAUAAUUUAAAAAGUGCUAAAACAUCAAUCAUUAAAAACUUUCUUAAACAGGUCUGCGUCCAGAUGUCUUCUAAAAGUCAGUUGUUAAUUUCCUUGAAAUCUGAUGGGAGUUCCACAGGGCGGGCGCCACUGUUGAGAAGGCCCUCUGCCUGGUUCCCUGUAACCUCACUUCUCACAGGGAAGGAACCGCCAGAAUGCCCUCGGCGCUGGACCUCAGUGUCCGGGCUGAAUGACGGGGGUGGGUCCGCUCCUUCAGGUAUACUGGGCUGAGGCUGUUUAGGGCUUUAAAGGUCUAAUGAUAUCGUAGAGAUACCAAAAUUUUCAAAAGUAAGGGGUUGGCGGUUUGGUUUUUGAAACACAAGGGGUGCUUAGCUACUUGGGAACCAUUGGUCUAGUUCAACACCCCACCCAGCUCAAUGCGCGAAUCUUGUAUCAGAUAAUCUUUAUUUUGUCUAUGGUGAGGUCCACUCUCGCCUUGGUGCAGGUAGUCAGAGAGGGAGAUGAAGAAACACUUACAAAAGGCCUAACAUUUUCUAAGUGUUGUGCAGACAUUCAAAAGGAAGGCGGUAGCUGAGUGUGCGCACACCGUACAAGUAAAGCCCAUGACUUCAACACCUCCUGGGGACUGUGGUUUGUUAAAAGGUGCUGGGGAGCAAAAUGGCAGUUCCCAGGAUUCUUCAGGGGAAAGCCAUGUGCUUUAAAUGUGUGGAGCCAACUCCUGCCCACAGGCUCACAAUCGACUGGCGAAAGGAGCAGGGAGGGAAGAGGGAAGCAAGCAUUCAAACAGCUGUUCUGCUCUUCCCUUAUCUGGCCAAUGGGUGGGGCUGAGCUGGUCUUUACCAUUCCAUUAUAUAAUAUAAUUCCAUUAUAAUCUUCCCUCCCUGCGACAAGCCAAGUUACAGGGAACCAGGCGGAGGGCCUUCUCGGUAGUGGCACCCGCCCUGUGGAACGCCCUUCCACCAGAUGUCAAGGAGAACAACAACUACCAGACUUUUAGACGGCAUCUGAAGGCAACCCUGUUUAGGGAAGCUUUUAAUGUUUCAUGCAUUACUUUAUUUUAAUAUUGUGUUGGAAGCCACCCAGAGUGGCUGGGGAAACCCAGCCAGAUGGGCGGGGUAUAAAUAAUAAAUUAUUAUUGUUAUUAUUAUUCCUGGAAGGCAAGAGGUGCAGGCAACCAGUGGCCCUAAACCCAAAGCCCAGAGGUGAGAGUUUCCUUCGCUUCAGCUCUGCUAUCCAAGGGCGGCUGAAAGAUGGCCUGGCAACUUAGAGGGAAGCAAGGGGAGGGCGCAGUCUCUGUUCUCCCCCCCUCCCUUCCCCCUUCCUUCUCGCUGCAGCUGCUAAAUUGUUAACAAGCUUUAAUCCAGGCCUGCUCCAUCAGUCUCCUCUCUCCCCGUGGGAGACCUAGAUGCUCUCAACUCCCAGGCCUGCGAGAGAGACAGGAGGGUUGGCAGAGCACUAGGCAGCCUUCAGCCAGCUGCGCAGCGACCUCAGAAGAUGCUGCCCAUGGAAGCAAGGCACCUCCUCGUCUGGCUGGGCUGGCAGCUGCCUCCUGGCCUCUGCCCCACUGGGGUUCUGUCUAGGGAGAGGAGAAAAUAAUUGGAUCCAGUUUGCAUUUAAAAGCAAACAUCCCACCAGACCCCAUUCUGAAACAAUGCACAAACCGAAACAUGGCCGUCCUCCAAAAACCCACCCUUUCCUGCAUUUUGCAGCGCAGCUCUCCUGCCAAGGAAUGUGCACAAAAAUGUCUGUGCUUUGUUGUUGUUGUUUAGUCGUUUAGUCGUGUCCGACUCUUCGUGACCCCAUGGACCGGAGCACACCAGGCACUCCUGUCUUCCACUGCCUCCCGCAGUUUGGUCAAACUCAUGCUGGUAGCUUCGAGAACACUGUCCAACCAUCUCAUCCUCUGUCGUCCCCUUCUCCUUGUGCCCUCCAUCUUUCCCCACAUCAGGUUCUUUUCCAGGGAGUCUUCUCUUCUCAGGAGGUGGCCAAAGUAUUGGAGCCUCAACUUUAGGAUCUGUCUUUCCAGUGAGCACUCAGGGCUGAUUUCCUUAAGAAUGGAUAGGUUUGAUCUUAUUGCAGUCCAUGGGACUCUCAAAAGUCUCCUCCAGCACCAUAAUUCAAAAGGUAAAGGGAAGGUAAACGGCGUUUCCGUGCGCUGCUCUGGUUCUCCAGAAGCGGCUUAGUCAUGCUGGCCACAUGACCCGGAAGCUGUACGCUGGCUCCCACGGCCAGUAAAGCGAGAUGAGCGCCACAACCCCAGAGUCGGCCACAGGGGUCCCUUUACCUUUUAAUUCUCCCCCUUCCAUUGGGAGACAAGCUUGGUGUCCACAACUUCUCUCUUACCCCCCCUCACCCCUCCCCCUCCAUCCUGACCUCCUUGGUGCCUGGUACCCCUUCCCCACCCCCUUCUCCUCCCUCUCUGCCUGUGUCACCAUCUCUUAUCAGCUCCCACCCUUCCCCCAUGCUAAGAGGGGAGAGAUCAUGUUCUUCCAUUCUAUAUUUAAGCUUCUCCCUGAUGGUUUAAGCCAGAUGUCACCUCUCCCGACACCACCGAAAAAGGCCCCCCUCCCUCGCCCUCCCCAGACAUGGGCACUUUCUGAUCAGCCGCCUCCUCUAAUCCCGAUUUGGCUGGCGGAAUGUUUGAAGUGAAAUUUAGCAUCUUCCAAGAGCCUUCUGGGAAUCUGCCUUUGAAAGUGGAGCACGCUGGAGAAGGUGCUAGCCGCAAAUCUGCCCUCCGGCCCACCCCACCCCACCUUCCCAGCACCAGCGGACAGGGCUGGGUCUCUCUGUGUUUGUGUUGCAUGUAUCGACCAUGUAUUGAAUUAGCUGCUUCCUGCAUCCGUUUCAGCCAGGGAUGCAAUGACGUUUCAGCCUUUGGGUCGUUUCAGGCUAUUGUCUUACCGUUCUUAAUGGGCUCCUCUCUUGAGAUGAUAGGUAAGGUACAGGGACCCCUGACCAUUAGGUCCAGUCGUGGCCGACUCUGGGGUUGUGGCACUCCUCUCGCUUUAUUGGCCAAGGGAGCGGCGUACAGCUUCUGGGUCAUGUGGCCAGCAUGACUAAGCCGCUUCUGGCGCACGGAAACACCGUAUACCUUCCCGCUGGAGCGGAACCUAUUUAUCUACUUGCACUUUGACGUGCUUUCGAACUGCUAGGUUGGCAGGAGCAGGGACCAAGCAAUGGGAGCUCACCCUGUCACGGGGAUUCGAACCGCCGACCUUCUGAUUGGCAAGUCCUAGGCUCUGUGGUUUAACCCACAGCGCCACCCACUGUGAUGAUAUUGUGUAUUAUCUACUUAACUUUGAAAUGUGACAAGCAGGCCUUGCUGGAUUUGCUCGGUCUGCUGAGUGGAGCCCUGGACUUUUGCCCCAAAGCCUGCUGAAAGCAUUUUAGCAGGUUACAGAAGAUUCAAUGAUUCACUCAUGCUAUCCCCAUUUAACAACAACAACAACAACAACAACAACAAUUUUUUAUUUAUUUUUAUUUAUACCCUGCCCUUCCCUGUUCAGAAAACUGGGCUCAGGGCAGCUAACAACAAAUUUAAAACACUUAAUUGAUGCAACAAAAAACAGCAUAAAAUACAGAAUAAAAUGUGAACAACAAUAAAUUCAGAAUUCAAAAAUCAAUUUAGUGGGAAAUUCAUCCAAUAAACAUUAGAUGAUCACCAGGACUAGCUGGCUAAGUUAGUCCUGUUUGGGCCAGUGAGGAGACCAGGGGAGAAUUAGCUGUGGGAUCCCAGAGUGGGUAAUCUUCAUAAAAAGGGGAGGGGGAGGGAAGGAAGGGGAAUAAAAGACCAAGCUAAAUUCAAAUUGAGAGCCAGGUGGAAUAGCUCUGUCUUACAGGCCCUGCAAAAGGAAGUUAAAUCCUGCAGGGCCCUGGUCUCAUGGGACAGAGCAUUCUACCAGGUCAGAGCCAUCACUGAGAAGGCCCUGGCCCUGGUGGAGGAUAAUCUGAUAAUUUAAUAUGGUCUAGAGAGCUGCUAGGGACGCGGGUGGCACUGUGGGUUAAACCACAGAGCCUAGGACUUGCUGAUCAGAAGGUCAGUGGUUCGAAUCCCCAUGACGGGGUGAGCUCCCGUUGCUUGGUCCCUGCUCCUGCCAACCUAGCAGUUUGAAAACAUUUCAAAGUGCAAGUAGAUAAAUAGGUACUGCUCCGGCGGGAAGGUAAACGGCAUUUCCGUGUGCUGCUCUGGUUUGCCAGAAGCUGCUUAGUCAUGCUGGCCACAUGACCCGGAAGCUGUACACCGGCUCCCUUGGCCAAUAAAGCGAGAUGAGUGCCACAACCCCAGAGUCUGCCCCGACUGGACCUAAUGGUCAGGGGUCCCUUUACCUUUACCUUUACCUUUUUUAGAGAGCUGCUGGGUCUAUUGUAUUUGUUUACAUCAUUUUAGCAAUUGCAGGGAACCUUUGCUUACACUGUUUUGGCUAAGGGACCAUUCCCUGUUUAUCUAUAGUGAUGCAGCAGCCCUUGUUGUUUCCCAUUCCUUCUGCAGAGAAACCGGGUCCAGCACACAACGUGAUGGUGAAGGAAGUGUGGGGCUUCAAUGCCUUAGUAGAGUGGGAGCCUCCCAAGGACGAUGGGAAUUCGGAGAUUACAGGCUACUCCAUCCAAAAAGCUGACAAAAAGACCAUGGUAAGGUUCCCUUUCACUAUUGGGCUUCUGCUUCUAGUAAUGAUGAAUCAAAGUCUAUUAAUGGGCUUGGGUUUUCCCCUGGCUCUCGCUGAGAACGUGUGCCAGCGGCUACCUUGCAACGUUGCAAGAGUCUAACUGAGGCAGGACAUUGUGGGUUGUAUGCAGUGCUAGUCCUACUCAGAGAAGAUCCAUUGAAAUCAACUAGUAGAGUUAACUAGGUCCAUUAAUGACAAUGACUUCAAUGGCUUCCAGUCGAUUUCCAGGACCUGCUCAAAAACGCUGGUCUUUACCUGUCAGGAGUAAGCAUGGACCAAUGGUAGCAAAUAGUAUGGGAAACAGCCUUACUAGAAAAAUUAGCCAAUAAACUGAAACUGACACGGGACAAAUAGAAGAAGAUGCCUUCACCCCGGUAUGGCUCCCCUUUAUCACAUACACAGCCCAACAAGACAAUGACAAAAAUCCACCAACAGCAUACAAAUCAAUAUGGCUAACCUGAUCUAAAACACCCACCCACGAAAACAAAGAUCGCCACAGCCAUUCACAAACAAACAACCACACCCUAGGCCAAGCCCAACCUCUCUCACCAACGAAGAAACACAAGUGAACCUGCACAAGCGACGCUGACACAAAACCCCGUAUAUAUUAAGUAUAAUAGAAACAUCGCCACCUGACCCCACCCCCACUCACCUUCCCCCCUCCACCUCUUUCCCCCUUUUCUUCCUAAUGUCUCAACAAAUGAAACUGAUCUGUAAAAAAUGUUACUUGGAGAAGAAGAAAAAAGAGAGAGGCAUUGCACAUAGUUUUGUAAACCAAGAAAAUCUUUAAUAAAAAUACAUUUAAAAAAAAACAAAAACACUGGUCUUUAAAGCCCUUCAUGAGAUAGGGUCAGGGUACUUGAAGGACCACCUGUCUUGGUGGACUUACCUGCACAUGCAGAUCUUCUGUAGUGGGCCUCCUACAGGUGCCCCUGCCAUCUGAGUUGAGAGGUGACCAGAGGUAAGAACUUUUUGGUGACAGCACACCACUUGCAGAAUGCUCUCCCUAGAAAUAUUUGCUCGGUGCUGGUCUUAGAAUCCUUUUUGACAGGGGCAAAUGCUUUAAACAUUUCCCCCCAUGAGUUCUUUAGGCUGUGUUAUGCAUCUAAAGCACACAACUCUCUCCAAAGAACCCGGGAACUGUAGUUUUGCCCCUCAUGGAGCUACAACUCCCUUCACAAACUACGGUUCCCAGGAUUCCUGAGGUGGGGUAACCUGUGUGCUUUAAACAUGCUUUAAAUAUACGGUGUGUACCCAGCCGUCAAUGCGGUUUUAGACCCUGCGGCUUGCUUUUGUGAGUUGGUUAGUAUAAAAACACUUGCGACAAAUGGAUACUCUGAAUAGUUGUGCAAAAGGGAAGCAGCCUCCCAAUCUAAGUUAGUGACCCCAAUUCAGUCAGAAUUGAUUCAUACAAACAUGCUCAGAUUGCUCAUUUACUGCUGACACUAUCAGAGAGAGAAAGAAAGAGAAAGAGAACUUCUCUUACCACUGUGAAGAUUCACAUUUUGCCAGUGGCAAAAUUCACAGCAGGAAGACCAGGCAGCAGUUCCAAGCCUGCUACAAGAGCAGCAUCAAAGGAGCACAGAUCUUGUUUCUGGAGGACAUGAUGUAGUUACCUCCAUAUAUAUAUAUAUAUAUAUAUAUAUAUAUAUGUGUGUGUGUGUGUGUGUGUGUGUGUGUGUGUGUGUAUGAUUUAUAUCCUCCUAUUUUAGGCUACAAGCUUUCAGAGUAAAAAUAAAAACCCAAAUGACAGAUUUGUAGAAGUACAGCACAGAAAACAGCAUGUAAAAAACAACAACAGCAGGAGAAACUUUCAGCCAGAUAAAAUAGUGCAUAAAACAGAAAAGCCGGGCUGGUUUUUUUAAAAUAAAAAAGAACACCAUUCCCUUGCCUACUGCCAAAAUGGCAUCAAGCACUUAUGCACAACCAGGGAGGCUCAAUCCUACAUCGCCUCUCUUCCCACUUCUUGAGCAUCUACUCCUUCCCUCUCUGUGGACCCUGCACACCUCUCUGUUGUUUUGAGGGGGGGGGGCACCUGUGGCUCAGAUCCUCCCUCGCCUGCAGCUAUUUCUCUGACCGCCCCUGCUCUCCUUCCGCAGGAGUGGUUCACAGUAUACGAGCACAACCGCCUCACCCGCUGCACGGUGUCUGACCUCAUCAUCGGCAACGAAUACUACUUCCGAGUCUACAGCGAGAACAUCUGUGGGCUUAGCGAAGCUCCCGGGGUCUCCAAAAACACCGCCAACAUUCAGAAAUCUGGUAAACGCGGUGGAGCCAGAUGGUGGCUGGAAUUUGCUCUAACAGUCAGGGAAUGGGACCAUCAGGGCUUAGCAGAAGGGGCUGCAGUCUGCACCUUCUAGACUAAUGCACAGAAGGGAACUUCGUUAUCUGCUGGCUUUCACGCUUCUGAAUGCUCUGGUGCAGUUCUUGGCUCAUAAAAAAGGCACCAAAAGACAUUAAGAUGCAUAUUUUGAGGAGAAAUAUUCAAUCGAACCAGGGCUUUCCGGGCUCUGGGCUCUAGCUGUUUUUGGACUGCGGUUCCCAUCAUCCCUGACCACUGGUCCUGCUGGCUAGGGGUGAUGGGAGUUGUGGUUCGGGGCCAGCUGGAGACGGGACUUAUCCCAGGUUAAGUCUGUAUAGGAUUGAAACCUGGGCUACUUCAUGCAAUGCAUACUGGCUAGAUGCUUUGGUCGUAAAUCGCUCUGGGUUGCCUUGGGCAAGAUAAAGUGACUAACAAAUGUUAAUAAUAAUAAUAAUAAUAAUAUUUUGAGUAGUUUGGAUUUGAUAUCCCGCUUUAUCACUACCCUAAGGAGUCUCAAAGUGGCUAACAUUCUCCUUUCCCUUCCUCCCCCACAACAAACACUCUGUGAGGUGAGUGGGGCUGAGAGAUUUCAGGAAUGUGACUAGCCCAAGGUCACCCAGCAGUUGCAUGUGGAGGAAGCGAACCUGGUUCACCAGAUUACGAGUCACCAGAUUAUGAGGGAAAAUAAUAUAUUCAUGAAUGCAUAUUUAAAUGCGAAUUUUCAUGCAACUGCCGUUGGCAGUUUAGUACCCAAAAACACGAAAGCCAACACACGUGAGAAUGACGCAGACUAGAAAUGAGCUGGCAAUGCAAUCCUAUGCAUGUCUGCCUGAGAAGUAAACCCCGUUGAGUUUGUUUUAUUUCAUACACACUGCUUGAUUGUAAAAAUCCUCAAAGCAGUUUACAGAAAGCUUCAACGGGACAUUAAGAGCUGUUCGACAGUCUCCCUCGAGAGGCUCUCCUUUUAGCAGAGGCUGGAUGGCCGUCUGUCAUGGAUGCUUCAGUUGAGAUUCCCAGAUGAUCCUUGGGAUCCCUUCCAACUCUCCAGUUCUAUGAUUUACUCCCAGGUCUGUGCGUAUAGUAGGCCUUGCAGCCCAAUUUGCCCAUCCCUAAGAUCCGCUGAUGGAUUUGCUGUUUCCCUCCCUCUCCCUUCCUUUUCAGGAAUAAUCUGUAAACAGCUAAACUACAAGGAACACGACUUCAGCCAUGCCCCUGUGUUCAUGACGCCACUGGUAGACCGGACAGUCGUGGCUGGGUAUACCACUGCCUUGAACUGUGCUGUGAGAGGAUUUCCUAAAGUAAGUGCUGAGUGAGGAGGCGGAAAGGGAUGAUGUCGAGUUGUUUGGAGUGGCUGCUAUCAAAAAACUAGGAAUGUGGCGCUGAGAGGGAUGUGAGAUAACUGGAGGAGGGGAAAGCAUGAAGAAAGUGGGGAAAGUGAACAGUGGACUAAGGAUGGUACUUCCAAAAUGUUGGGCUUUUUUUUAAAAAAAGCGUUGCUACAAAUAAGAGAAAACCUUAGAUUCAGUAAAUUAUAACCAGUAUUAAAACGGUGGAUUUUUCUUAAUAGCAACACACACCAACGCCUCAAUAAUUGUCAGAUACUGUGAAUAUGAUUUUGAAGAUGCUGCUAAUUUAAUUAAACAUGCCUGUGCUUCCCCCCCACCCUGCCCCCAGCCAUUCAUUUUUUUGUUCCACAUAAGGAGGGUGACAAGGUACCACCAGUGAUAAUUAGUGUGUUGUGAGGGAGGUGAUUAAGCCUUCUCUUAACUGCUAGCACCCCCCCCCCCUUCUGCUGGCAUGUUUUAAUUGAUUUUUUCCAAGAGUUCCUCCAGCGUGUCAGUCACUAAUUUGUGGGAGGAAAUCUAGCACAUACAGGAACUUUGAGGUUUGCACAGUUAAAGUGGAUUAAAGUGCUGCCCUGGAGCAACAAAUCCACUUUUAAAAAGCCCAGUUUUUUUUGCAGUUUGGAAAACCAAUGCAGAAAUGCAUUGAAAGGCGUGAAAGGAAUGAAUGUUUAAUAGGAAGGCAUGUGAGCCCCCUGCAAGCAAAUCAGAAUGAGUGCUUAAUGUCCUAUAACCACCCUGCAAAUGAAUCACAAUGCUCAAUAAAACAUUGGGCAGACCGCAUCUGGAAUACUAUGUCCAGUUCUGGGCACCACAAUUUCAGGAUAUAGACGUGGUGGAAUGUGUGCAGAGGAGGGCAACCAAGAUGAUCAAAGGUCUGGAAACCAAGCCUUAUGAGGAACGGUUCAGGAAGUUGGGUAUGUUUAGCCUGGAAAAGAGGAGAUAUGAUAGCCAUCUUCAAAUAUCUUAAGGGCUGUCACGUAGAAGAUGCAGCAAGCUUGUUUUCUCCUGCUUUGGAGGCUAGGACUCAAACCCAAUGGCUUCAGGAUACAAGAAAGGAGAUUCCCACUAAACAUCAGGAAGAACUUUCUGACAGUAAGAGCUGUUUGAUGGUGGAAAUGGUUGUGGACUCUCCUUCCUUGGCGGUUUUUAAGCAGAGGUUGGUCUAGCCUUCAUCUACUACAGAUGGGAUGCAUUGUCAAGCUGAAAUAUGAACUCUUUUUAGAUAUUGAAUUCUGGAAAAACACCUGGAAUCUGGCACACUUGGGUUUUUGUUUUUUUUUAAGCACAUGGGUGACAAACCUUCGUUUUCAGGGAUAAAAGGUUGAAAUCCUUUUCAAUGCUAAUGCUUAAAACUGAUAGGUUGGGGAUUUUUUGCACGCAAUUUUGGUUGCAACUGUUUCCCCUUUGAGCGUAUGAGGCGGUACAAUUUGAUACAUGACAAGGUGUUUUAGAACGGUGUGUGUGGUGAUCAGGAUUCCUUUCAUCUGGAUUCCUUUUAAUCUCUUCUCGCCCUUUGUCUGUUCCCAGCCCAAAAUAAUCUGGAUGAAGAACAAAAUGGACAUCAGCGGGGACCCAAAGUUCCUGCAGAAAAACAACCAGGGAGUGCUGACCCUCAACAUCCGCAAGCCGAGCCCUUUUGACAGCGCCACUUACUCCUGCAAGGCCGUCAAUGAACUGGGGGAGGCCAUAGUGGACUGCAAGCUGGAGGUCAAAGGUGACUGCAGCAUGAAAGGGAAAUGGGUUGUCCUUGCUCAGAUUCCUCUUUGCUGCCGUUGUUUUAAAAAUAACGACAUACCCAGCCUAGGGACGGUGCAGCACAGAGGAGAGGAUGGGAGAGCUUUAGUCCCAGGAUCUGUUUCGGAAACUGAAACUUGAACAGCAGUGUUCAAGAACCCUGAUUUCUGAAGGGAAGCUUUCUCUCAGCCAUUCCAUAAGCUCACCCCACAUCCCUAAAAUGGGUAGAAGUUACGGUUGUUAUAUAGACUGCCAGGUUUAAACCUGACAAUUCCACUUGUACCUUUAGGGUGAGGGAUAUGUGUUCCUUCAGAUGUUCCUGGGCUUUAGCUCCCGUCAUCCAUGCCUGUUGGCUGAUGGGAGUUGCAGUUCAACAGCCUCUGCAGGAAGAUGUUUGCUUAGAAGUGCAGAAAGGAGGACUCCAUACUUAUUUCCCGCAUGCAUGCAUAGGCAAGUGGGAUUGGUGGAAGUGGAAAACACAAUCCCUUCUCAUUCACAGAGAGUAAAAUGUGUCCGCCAAAACACUUGCUUGAUACUCUGUUCCUCUCCUCUCUUCUCUCCCCCCCCCCAGCGCCGCAGUAAUCUUAUUGCCACAACUGCCAACACCUGGAAGAGGUGAGUAACACGAAACACGCCAUGCUGGGUGAAGAGGAACAAGCAGUUAUUUGGAUUUCAAGGCAGACAACAGAAUUUCUUUAUAAAUCUGGAAACGGCUGCAAUUUGGAAGGUGGAGGAAGCAGCCUGGUGAUGGGGGCUGUGGCAGUCCGGGAUGGAGUUGCUGGGUGACUCGAAUUUGGACCGGGGUGGAGAGGGAGAGAGCUGUGUACGUUUCGUGUCGGACCUGGUUGGCAGGAACAGAGCCUCGUGGUCCGAAGCAAGACCGAAUGUGCAGGAACCGUGCACAGAAGCCGUGCUUACAAAAUGGAGGAGGGAUGCUUGAGUGUGCUUACUUUGAUGAAUCUGUUUGCCUCGCCCUACCCACUAGCCAACAGUGUUAAUUCCUGCUCUGCUCUCUCCACACAGCUUACGAUCACCCCCCUUCUUUUCUCCACGGUGUCCCUUCCCACCUCGUGCAGAUGCUAAGUGGGGAAGGGGAUUGAGGCGUCUUCACCUCCUCACCCCACUGAAGAAGCUACACAUAUCAUGCUUGGAUAGAAGGAAGCUACCACAGACCAGCUAACCCGCCCCUGUAUCUGUCUGUGUGCCUGUCUGGUCCGUUGUUGUGUCAAUAAAGUGACCUUGAUGGGAUAA